ACUCGUUCCCGGAGGGGUCACGUGACCACACGGCUGACUCCCCCAGUCGACUCCUGUUUUACCUUCACUCGUCGCUCCGCUGUUGCCGCUCUGUAUCCUCGCUGCUAUGGAUCCGAUAUGAAAAAAAGAGGUCUACGGUGAGGUUAGCCUCUUGUACAGUCAACCCGACACCUGGAUAAAGGAGCGAACUCGAGGUUUUCUCCGAGGCAGGUUGGUGUUGACACAAAGAUGGCAUCGGGACGCACAGCUUGCUAACCUCGGCUACAUAGAUAGAUGACACAGUACGUUAGUGGAAUAAACAGCCGUGUCCCCGCACAGGUAACAGGUUAUUACGAGCUAAUAGCUAGGCUGUUAGCAUGUCCUUUAUUUCUCUUUCUGUUUCAGUCCCUCCGCUUCUCGUGGGAGUCUUCCACAGAGGGAAAUAGCAGCUAAAGCGCUCGUACACAGCAGCCCUAUUUAACUGCUUUCUUAGCACAGCGCAAUUAAUCAUAAGCUGAUUUGAUGGUAUAGUUUCCUGGCCAGAUCCCAUCAGGGGUGUUUGUCUCGGUUGUCUGCCUUAUCUGUCCCUGUCCAUUGAGACGAUGGUGACCCUCACAUGUCUCCUGGCUAAAGAUUAGCGCAAAAUGAUGAGAUUAUUAGGUUAUCUGGUUCGUCUGCUGAGGUUGGUGUUUGUUUGUUUGUGUUUGUCUGUUUGUGUCUGUUUGUCAAGUCGUUAAAAGGACCAAAUACUCUUUCUGUGUGAUUUUAAUGAAGACUGGAGGGUUAUGCCGCACCCAUGACAUGUCAAGAAUGUGCUUUACCUGAGCUUUUUACCUGUAAACACUAAAUCCUAAAUGUAAAGGUAAUCAAGCAAAACUACAGUGUGACAACUGAAAAUAAUCCAUGCAUUUGUUUCUGAUCAUUAUCAGAUUAUGAUUAACAACCUUUAGUUAUUGUCUUUUUACUGAAUUGGACAUGACAGAUCAUCCAAUUAUACUUUUCAUGAAAAUAAUAGGAACAAAAUUGGUGUCUGGUUUUGUACUGCUUCAAUUUUAUAACACAAAUAAAACUCCUAUUGUUUAAUAAACAAUGUCACAUAAAACCCCCUAUAUAGGACUGGGCCAGGGGCGGACUGGGACCAUAAUUCAGGCCAGGAGUUUGACUCUAUCCAGGCGGAAAUACCUGCACCGGCGAAAAGUUUUGGACAUUUGAAGCCAGAUUUAGUGAAUAUAACGCUACUGUGAAGAAUUCAACAUUGGCUGCAUAACUGCAAAUUAAAUAUGAAGUAAUUUGACAGGUGCUUUAUAGCCGACUGAACUAGAUUUUAUAUAUAUUUAUCAUGGUUAUAAAAACUCUAUAUUAGUCAUGCCUUCAACUAUGUCGCUGUUGUAUUGUAAUAAAAUGUUGAAAGCCUGUCAGAAAAAGUCAAAGUUCUCGAGAGGCAUAAAACUUGGAUUAGCACACACCACUAGCAUCGUAGCCGUCUCGGUGUCGGUCGGCGACUUUAUAAAACUCAAAACAAUCACAUCUUAGAGCUCAGGGGGUCUCAGUUGUCUCAGGGGGAGGAGGAGAAAGAAACACGAUCAGCUCGGGAGUGGAGUGAACAACGAUGCUCGAUCAGCGCAUCUGCGGCCGAUCACCUUACAGCUCUACUUCAGGUCGCACUAGCUACGUAAAAGCUACCCCUCUACUGCUCUACAAGUUCAGUGGCCUGCCUGCGGGCACACACGCACACACAAUUUGUUAUACACAAUUUUUUGGCCAGGUGACGCUAGGCCACCGGGAAUCAGUGAUCCCGAUGUUCCAGUCCACCACUGGACUGGGCGAUAAAACGAUAAUGAUAUCAAAAAUUAGUUUCCCUUGAUAUCGAUAAAAAAAAUGGUCAGUAUGCUUUUUGACAGCCCGCAUUCUGCCAUGUUUUGGUAGACUAUACUAUACAAUGAAAAUAGGAGUUGCUCCGAUUCCGCACCAUGCUGAAUUAGAACCAAGUAGCAAACAACUAGCAGGCUGCAGCUACACGCAACUAUAGCACUUUAACACAGGAAGCCAACAGCACUGUCAGUGGGAAAAAAAGAAAAUGAGUGCCACCCCCGACAGAAAUGACGAUGAAGAAUCAACCGAUGUCGACUUCAUCAACCAGACUGGCAGGAGCAAGUGCGAAACAGCCCACGAUGCCUGUGCAGUCGAAACAGCUGACCAUUCAGUCCACUUUCUCUAGCACAACGCCUUAUGACAAAACAUCAAAGAGACACAAAGACCUCAGAUGCAGUAGCUUGUUGUAUUGCAAAAGACAUGCUACCAAUAAGCACUAUUAAAUUGAAUUUUUUAUAUCGUGAUAUUUAUCGAUAUCGACUGAUACGGAAAAAAAUACAUUGUGAUAAACUUUUUCCUAUAUCGCCCAGCCCUACCCUCGUAAACAUCAGUCUUGCAACUGUAAUAUUACUUUGUUACAAAUGUCAACCAAUCCUUGAUUUUUGCAGGGCCUUUGGGACUCUGGAGGCUCUGAGACUGUUUUGGGGCACGCUUGCUUGAGUCAAGGAUUGAGUUAAAAAGCUUUAUUCGUUCAGGGCAUAACUAAUAAAAACUCUACAGUAACCAGGGGGAGAUGUUGACUGGUUUCAGAGUCUUCAUAUGAUGCCAAUAAUGCCAGAAAGCCAUUAAUUGGUUUAUCUGUAUGUUAUGUGACUAAUUGCUGCAGACGUUAUGACACCAGCUGAUCAAAUACACACCCCCUAAGCCGAGUGUUGUUCCUCCUUUCGUUUGCAUGUGGCGCACUUUGCUGUGUCAUCGUCUUCAUUUUAUUCAUUCAUUAUUAUGCCGAGUCCGCCAUGAUCCGCCUUUCAUGACUUUGAUGACAAACUGGUACAGACGACGUGAUGUUACGUCAGCGCAGCAGGUCUGGGCAGAAAAGUAAAAUUUUUGUGGACUGAGGUUUAAUCCUAAAAGAUUUGUAGCAUGAACUGAUUCAAUAAAUCUUAGAAAUAAAGAACCAAUUUUAACCUGAAACAGCUUCCUCAUAACUGAAGCUUCAUCUCCAUCACUGUGCAGGCUGUAAACCGGAGCCUUCAUGGUUGUCUCAUUUCUCCAUCCCAGCACUAUAAGGUGUCAUAACCGCUUGAAAUAACCAGCGCAUCUGUAAAAUAUGCAUGGACUAAGACGACUUUAUACCAUCUUAAUAUGAAGUAAGAAUAACAAAAGCAUUGUGUUGUUUUUUUUUUCAGUCUUGAAAUUUGCAGCUUGAAUGCCGUGACCUUGCUGGAGGAGUUGCAUUGAACAUUUGUAAACACAUGUCUCCAUCCAGUGCAGGACACUGAAAGAACCUCUUUGUGCUUAUGAAUUUGAUAAGUAAUGAGCGGGUAAUUCGCUAUGAUAAUAUCUGAAACCUGCGUUGAAAGCUGCUGUAAAGAUUUGCACACCUCGCCUCUCUUUUGCCUCCACAGCGGUUCGUUUAGAUCAGUCUUCUCAGGUCACAGCGGUAAAAUUGCUGAUAAGCUUGUAAUUUAAAUGCUUUGGCCUUCCUUCAGGUUCGUUGUUGUUCAUGUGGAAGUCACACUUCUCCUGUGCAAAUGUUUUUCUCUUUUCACACACCUCAGAGGCCUUUCAGUGUAAAGAAACAGAAGCUGGUCAGCUCAGGAUACACGCUUGGGGGGGGAGAUUCUGCAACAUCUGUAAACGGCCUUGAGUAAAUACAGACAAUCCAGUUUCUCAAGUUGUGCUGGAGUCAUUUAACGCCAAAGAACAACAACAAAUGUGAGAGUAGCAUUAGGGAAGUAUGCUCCAUAUGACCCCCACGACAUGCAAAUGAUCAGUUCCUGAAAAAUGCGACAAAGUCCAGACUUGCUGUUGACCUUAGAGCAGUGAAUCAGCAGGUGGACAGCAAAGCCGUGGAACGAGUAAAUCCCUGUGUGAUUAGGGGGAGAAGCUGCAACAACACCCAGCAGCUCAUGACACAUUCGCACAAACCCUCUCGCUGCUCUUAUGCAACACUGUGGUUAAGUGGGCUUUACCCUCCUCAGAGACAUCUAACACGACAUUACACUGACAAGAAGUAAUGACCACUGCGCCUUCUCCGUUAAAACUUCCUUUUCACUGAAUUAAUGUUUCCUCUCUGUCACAUAAAUCCUGUUUUUAAAGAUUUCACCUGAUCAGAUGAGCGUUAAAGUCAAAGGAUUUCCUGCAAAUAAAGUAGGACAACUACAUUUUUAUUCAAUUUGACAUGGAAAUUGAUAAUUUCAUUUCAGUGCAAUUGAAAGUGGUGAUGGUUACUAAACUGUUCAGAAAAAAUGAAAAAAAAAAACUUCAGGUCACGUUGUUAUUCUCCAAUCCAAUAUUUUUGUUCGAAAUUCUUGGUAAAUUCUGUCCACCCUGAAAUAAUCCCGAGUUAAACCCAACAAAUCCAAUCAUAGCGAGGAGCUUAAAUAGCCUUUUAAAAAUAUUUCCUCUAAAAAACACGUUUUUUCUCUUUUUAUACACGAUCCAUUUUUUUAUAAUUGAGUUGAAGUUACAGUAAGAAAAGCAAAAACAUGCAGAUCAUCUACUGAAAAGAGAAUAUGAAGAGACAGCUCGAAUUCAGGGAUUAAGAAGCUCCUUAGUUUCUUUUUCUAGCAGAAAAAACAAAUAUUUGUGGGUUUGUUGAGAUUUUAUAUCUUUGUUAAUUUUAGAUUUUGUGCUGUGGUUUCAUCCCAGCCUGUAAUCUCGGUCUCUUCCAGCUCGGUCUCUCCCUGGUUUUCACAGAGCUGUAGCCUCCCUCCUGUUAGUUUUUGAUUUUAAAUCAGUUGCAUUUUCCAUCUCAGCUUUUGAAACUCAUUAUUAUUGACUGGCCUUCACCUGAUGCUGUCCUCUCUUUCAUUUUAAAUGUCUUUGAAUAUUUCAUCCUAUUUCAUUUCUCACUUUGCCUCCAUCUUUUCUUGUCCUACAUUUACAAUUUCUUUUUCUUACCAAAUCAAUUUUCAGUGACCGCUUUUUGAUUUAUAUUUUUAUUUGAUUGCACUUAUUCAAUUGCCUCUUGCAUUUUUUUAGUCGCAUUUAAGUUCAUUUUAAAGCCUCAUCUCUUCCUUUUAUUGGCUUUAAGGCCUCACUGUGUUUUGACUGUUAAAUUGUCUUAUUUCCUCUCUAUUUAAUUAUUUUAUCUGCUGUAAUUGUUUCAAUCUUUGAGUUUAUUUUAACAGCCCUCUUGUAAUGUCUUAACUCUCAGUUUCAUAAAACGUCCCUGAUAAAAACUUGUAUUAUCUUGUAUUAUCACGAUCAUGUCAGCCUCUCUCUUGUCAUGCUCAUUCUGUCCCUCGGCUUUUCAGACAUACGUCGAUACACACAUCCGAUAAAAUACUUGAGGAUGUGGCAACAAUUGUACUGUUGUUCUUCGGAGCCUUGAUAUUACCAAAUGUUGCAUUUAAACGCAGCUCCUAUCGCUAAAAGUCGACAAAUAUUCACGGGUUAACGGAUCAAAGAGGAAACAUUAAACCUAAAAUCUGCGUCAGUCAGUUCAGGACUCUAAAAUUGGAUUUAUGGCUGGAGCUGAAUGUCACAUCGAAUAUCUUUCUCUUUUUGCAGUGAGGAGCUGUCAAUGCUGGACUCCCUGAUCUCUCAGUGUUUGGAUCUGUGAGGCUGGGGGACACGACACCCAGCCGACCACUAAACCCAAGAUGAUGAGCUCCAGCGACGUCGACAUCCGAGGUGAAGGUAUGGAAACUAAACUCACACUUUUCUGUCCGUUCAUUGGAAUCAAAAAACAAAAAAAAAGCUGUGUGUGUGUGUGUGUGUUGUACGUACUUGACCAUGGUGGCAAUAAUCUUGAUUAGGCUCAGUGGGAUUAUGAAUAAUCCUCGUUGGCAGGUUGACAGAAUAUCAUUAAAGCAGCUUUAAUGUUUUUGGAACAGUUGGUGAAUAAUUUGGCAGGAAGUCACAACAACUGUGACCACAUUUCAUCUUUAAUCCUCAUUGUGUUUCACUAGGAGGUGUUACUGUCAGAGUUUUUAUUUGUAUUUGACUGUUUAACCCUUUAUGUUGAACAUUUCACUCGAUUUUUGACUUGAAGUCUAUUUUCCUCCAACAAAGCAAAACUUCUCUCUUAUUUUUACCACACUUUACCGGAAAAUUUGGCAUGAAGUCUGCAAGAUAUUAAAAAAAGAAUAACAAUGCAAUAUGCAACAGUAUUGUUCUGUACUCUGUGAUAUUAAUGAGAUUAGAGCCUAAGAGUCAUUGUGCAAUUUAAUAUGUGAUUAGUCGAAUAGUGUUCGGAUAAUCCAUGACUGUGAGAAUAAUCAUUAGGUGUGGUCGUGAUGCCUAAACUGUUAUUGUCCAGAUUAAAGGUACAUGCAGACAGAGGAUGUUUAUGUGCCCACUUAAAGGUGGGGUAGGCAGGAUUCUGUUAAAGAAGACUCUUUGUUAGUGGUGUAAAUACAAAAAAGCUUUUAAUAUCAGUCAAAAGCUAUUAGUUAAUAAUGACAUCUGGUAAUAUAAUGAUAUCUCUGUGUUUUGUUAUGUCUGUGUCGUCAACAUUUUAACAUUUUUGAGCGGUCCGCUCUUUCUGACUGUAAACAAAGCCAUUCUCCACCUCCUCUAACCUGAUUGGCUGUGAGGCAGACGCUGCUCCCUCGUGUUGUGAGGCAUGCUCCACAUCCUCGAUUAACGUUCAUGAGCCUGCUGUGACAGUAGAAACCAACCAGAAAGUUCAGAAAAUUGUCUGAAUCCUCCUUUGGCCACGACUGCCGACACAAGCAAGAAAACAAAGUAAAUACCGGAGACUCUGGAGGAAUAACGGGCGCUUAAAACGGAGGUAGACCGGACAAGAGCCGGGUCAACAUAAUUGAAGCAUAGACGCUUUGUGAUCUUGGUGACCCUGUAACCUUCCCUGUAAACCGCUUUAACAAAGUAAGCCAAGCGCCUGUAACAGAAGUGUUUCUUGUCAAACGGACCUGCUGUAGCGUGUUGUAGCGCCAUCGCUAAACUGUCCUCCCUCGGGUCCUGGACUAUGUCACUUUAUCCUCGUUGUAGAAGUCCUGCAAACAUUGUGUUUGCUGGUAGUCUGUUGGCAUCUACAGUAGCACCAAUGCUUUUGACUUUCACCUUGACUGGGCCCCAUUUGUAAUGAUCUGAAGUAUUUAUCUGCAUUAUAUCUGAAUUUAAUUGGAACGAUACGAGCGAGCAGGAGCGUCUGUUUGUGGGCGGGGCUUGUUGGAGCAGAGCGGGAGGGGAGAGGAGGAGCUGAGGGGAAAACUGGUUGGGAGGGGUAGAGUUUACAUUCAAGAUUUCUCCCAGAAACAGGCACUUCUUCAGAUCCUGCCAUUGAUUGUUGUGAUGUGUUUUGCUGCAAAUGCUCACAUCAGGAUGAGUUUGUGAUCUAUUGUUUAGCCCUAAUCCAAAGUUCUUUAUUCUCUUCCUAUGGUGAAGUAGUUCAAACAUCACUUUCUCGUCAGACAAGAUCAAAUUCUCGCCACCUUUAUUAACUUAGCCUGCAAAUAUUUGCUCUUUCCGCCGUCUCAGCUGGGUUAUUAACAUCGCCCUACAAGCACUUACAGCUCAGUCAGAGUCACUGCCUUUUCCAGGAACUGUGUCUGGAUUCCCUUUACUGAUGCCUACCUGAGGCAGGUAAGAGACCAGUUUGGACACUUGUAAUGUUAGGUAGAUCAGGCUCAGGCUUGACACCAGGAUGUCUCGAAUGAACAGCAGCCGCUGGUGUCCGGUUUCAGCUGUGGAUUACAUUUCAGUCGUACUCAGAUCUGGUUUACUGCAGUGGUUUGAUCUGAAGCUAACAGCUUUUAAAAGAUACUUUGUUUUUUUGGAGUAGGUGUUGUCAGUUCUGUUUAGAUUAUCCCAAAUCUACUUAACUCGCAGCUGUGACAGAAAUCAAGAGUAUGGUGUGUUUUGCACCAGUGGGCAGUAUGUGUCUUUGCUCUGUCUUUAAAGACCCACUCUGAUGAAAAUCAUGUUUUUCUUGUUGUCUACAUGUUCAUAUGACAUUUUUCUGAUGCUACAGGACACAUCAAGAGCAUUUCUAGGUAUUUCUGCAUUCAAAUCUCUGUGAAUCUCUGGCAGACCCAAACAGCAGGUUCAGACACAGUGAGAUUUCCUACAUCACAAAUCCAAGCUCCGCCCCCGGACUUUAACUUUCAUCAUGUCCCGAAAGACAUUAGUGCUCGAGAGCUGAAUAGCUCCGAUGUUACCUGCCACUUCUACUACACCAGUAAUGUUAGGCCGCAAACUAGCGUUAAGCAGGGCUGUCUCUGCUCAUGACUCAGAGGUGAAUUGCUAAUGAGCUACUGGAGCUCUGCAGAAGAAAAGUUCUUGAAAAUGACACAGGAAACAUGAUUUUAGCUAAAAGCUUCAUAAUCACAAUUUAAAGAUCACUGAGAACACUUUAAGUAGUAAAAAGAAAAAUGGUCGGAGUGGGACUUAAAGUAUUGAAGUAAUAUUUCUAGAGUGUGUUCAAGCUCUGCUGAGCUGAAAAUCGCUGCUCGUUUUAUUGUGCAGAGGUGAUGUGAAGUUCGAGUUCAGCCGGGAUAUUUUAAAACGCAGGGCUUUGUGAUGUAAAGACGAGCCUCAGUGUCACUUCAGUAUCAGUUUUCACACAUUCAGUCGAUGAACACUCUGCUCUUUAUCUAUUUUCCACCCUCAGCUCGUCUCUGGUGGUUAAAGGGUAACGAGAGUCACGAGAGACUAAAGUGGAUUCCUCUGAAGGCAGCAGGCACAUCAGUAAACAAACCCAUAACAGGAGUCCGUUUGAGCAGCAGCAGCAGUAGCAGCAGCAGGGCUUUUGUUUGGGCGGAGACAAUAUUUUUUCAACCUCCUGAUGUGCAGCCAAACUACACGAUAGCUGUCUUGUGAUUAUUACAGUCGGGCGUUUCUUAAUAGACUAUUUAUUUGUGCGAGACUCGACCAUUCAAACUCUGUCGCGUGAUAUUUCUGAAGUGCAAACCAAAAGAGGAAACCGUGAUUAAAAACAAACUCAAAACUAAUAAUAGAGACGACAAAGACAGUGAAAGAAGAUGCACUUGAAGACUUGAUGUAAAGUUUUUAUCCGUAGAUAACUGACAUCGGACUUCUGCCAUACUCAGUGAAGUUGUCCUCUCCUGUCUCCUUGUCUGUGGUACAUAAGCUGAUGGACGAUAAUCGACUUUUCUGAUCUCCUAGUUUGAUUCAUGUCAAAACCAGACUGACCCAACAUGACCUAAAAACCAGCUGUGAUUUAAAUGUCCUAAAAACCAAGGUUCUGGCUCCUGAUCUGGAUUUUUUUUCUUUCUUAUAUUUUGACACGAGUCGUUGUUUCAGUUUUCACAUUUUUAGACUCUAGUUCAUUUAAAAUGUCUUCUUUUCUGAGCUUGUUUUUUUGUCUCUGCCAUCAAAUCUGUUUUAUUAUCACCUGGAUGAAACCUGAAGUGUUUUUUUUGUCAUGCAGAUAAACUGUCGAUGAUUUCAAUCAUAGAUAUCUUACAUUUGCUGUGAUCACUGAGGGGGAGACAGUGUCAGUGCAGCAAUAUAUCACCAUCCUGACUCCAGAAACAUAUAAAAGUGUCAUAUUCCUGGUGGAAAAUUCAACAUUUCAAUAAAAAAAACUAACAAACGCAGAUUUCCUUCCAAUCCAGCUCACCAAAUUAACACUGCACUUAAGAUUGUCCUGCAAUUGAUUAGAUACGCAGAAUUACUCAGUCUCUGUAUCACAUCUCAUCACAUCACCCUCCCCUGAAUGCUAGCAGUUAGGCUGUUUCAACUAUUUGUCAUACCCCACACCUUCGACAGUCUGUGGUAUGAAAUUAUUACCCAGGUCCGUUCCCAAACCAAAAUAAUAAAAUAAAAUACAGUACAAGAGCAAUCAUAAACAUGCAGCGCAAUAAAAACACAAGAGCUUCAUCGACACAUGAGCCAACACUGACCGUGAAACCCAACUAAUGAAAAUUAAAGUCUUUAUCACCCAAAACUGACACUCAGUCCACGAGGAAAUCAUUGUUCAUGCUCAGAAUUCCCUAAAGUCUGAACCCAGAAUCAGUUAUCAGUGAAUUUUUCCCAUCAAAGUUUUGUCUCCUUACCUGCUGAGCUGAAACCACAGAGUUGUGUCGCUUUACUACGGAUGAGUGCUUUUAAAAACAGCCAUACAUCGUGUUAAAGCAACCGCCUUCAGCAAAUACCUGCAGAUGAGUCAUCAAUGUAAUUAAUGUAAAUGAAUUUCAGUGUCAUCCAUUAUCGUUCAGCUCUUCAGCAGUUAAAAACUAAACUACAAACUUUGUCUUUUGAUUGUUUUCUAAACUUUUAAAUCUACAUUUAAGCUCAUUAGAUUCAUCCAGAAGUCGUCUUUAUGAUCCUCUAACAUCAUCUCUGUUCUAGCGCUCUAGCCGACGUGUGGCGAGUCUGUGGAGGUCAUGAAAACGUCGGUUCCUUACUCAUCCUUUGUGUGUGUGUCUCCCUGCAGGUUCUCUAUUCUCGGACCAAAAUCCAUCAGAAAUGGACGCUCUUUGCCCCUCCCCUCCUGGACCUUCCAGACCUCAGCGUAACUACGAGAGGAUCGGAGAACGGACAGGAACCUCGUGAGUAUCUUAAACCUGACAUCCUCUCAAUCCGAAGCAGACUUAAUGGUUUAAAGGAAGCAAAUCUGAUGUGAUGUGAACUUUAUUCCCAUCUCCAGGUUUUGUCAGACUCUCAUCCACUUAUUAAAAGGGAACAUCGGUACGGGGCUGCUGGGUCUGCCUCUGGCUGUGAAGAAUGCAGGGCUGGUGGUGAGUACAUGGAGUUUGUCAUCUGAUCUCACGGGGUCACAUGACAUGAUGCACUAUCAGAUUCAGAUCCAUGAUAAAAUACAGUUGGGCUCAGGCUGCACAGCAAGCCUUCUCUUCAUUCUUCUGUUCUGCAGAUGACUCUUUGAAAUUGCAUGGAGUCGUGCCUUUAAGCGUAUAGUUGAUGUAAUUUUUCACAUGUAGUUCAGAUGUUCCAGGAGCUUCACUUCCCCGAGCUGAGAGCCUGGUUCACAGAAUCACGCAGAGCUGUGGUCGUGCUGUGAAAACGUUCGCAUGUUGCACCGAAGUGAAAGAUUGUGGUCGAGACAGGUGGUUAGUGCUGAACCAGAUCAGAUAUAAGAUCUAUUCCUCCGCUGCUCUAAGAUAGUUUAACAAAAGCCACUGCGGUGAUGUUCAUCAGGAAGUUACUGCUGUUUACGAGGCUGAUGACUGGUGCUGGUGAAAAUGAUCAUGCGCUUCUUUUAACAGACACCCGACAGUUAUUCUUGUUCUCUGUUAAACUGCUGAUCGUUUUUUCUUUUCUUUAAUGUUAAAUUCAGCCAAUGAUUAAUCCGUCUCAGCUUGAAAAUGAACAUGAAAUCUAAAGAACUCCUCGUAUGAGCUAUUCUAACCAUCAUUUUUAGUCUUAAUCCUUUGCUUUGUGCUUUUGUUGUUUGGAUAGAGAUCAUUUUUCUGACUUAUAUUUACCUAAAGCUUCCCUGAAGAGUUUUGGACGGGCCAUGAAAGUGUUGGAGUGGUUGUGACGACCUGUCCUGGGUGAACCUCGCCCCCUCUGACUCUCCUUUCUCUCUUUUUCCCCCUCACUCUCUCUCCACUCUCUUCAGCUCGGACCGGUCAGCCUGCUGUGCAUGGGGGUCGUAGCAGUCCACUGUAUGAGGCUCCUGGUCAAAUGCUCUCACCACCUCAGUGCAAAGUAAGUGAAAUCACAAAGAAAGCCACACCUAGAAAGCACACUCAGUGGCUUGUUCAGAGGAGUUGAAAUGUCACCUUAAUAUCUCUCUGCUGCCAGCUCCUCCUCACAGAGCAAAUAGCAAAGACUUGAUUAUGCAAAUAGGCUUCUGAGACUACGAAUGCAAAAUAAAUGCUGAUGCUUUUAAAGUGAAACUAACUUCUUAAUGGCAUGUGACUGAUAGUUCCCUGUUUAUGUGUCCUUGAGUGAAACCCUCGCCUCAAUUUGCGUCACAUUUGACAAAACGUCUCUAAUAACUCUGACAAUUUGGAGUCUUGGAGGUUUUAAAGUCUAAUAAUUACAAAGAAGUGACAUUUUCGAGCUUCAGUUCAAAUAUCCUUCGAAAAUAUCCAGUUUUAGCAGAAUCUGUUGUUUCGUGUGCAGAAAAACACCAUUUGAAGAAAAAGAGCCCUCUGCAAUUUUAGUUGCCUUUGAGAUAGAAAUGCUGGAGGCUAAAGACAGACAGUUUUUUGUGGGUGUCUUAAAUAUGCAUGUAUAAGGAUAAUUCAACUCCUGAAAAGCAGAACAGACUCGGCGUUUUACUGUUUCAGUCGACCUCAAACACAUCGCUGAGUCAUGAGGUGCUUCUCUCUGCUGUGAAGAGAGCAUCGUCCCUUCUUUCCCGAAAAUACACGCAGAUAAGGCAGGCUGAGAUAAACUGGGUUCAGAUAAAAGUCACUGAGUUUGACUUGAUUUAGUUUUGUGCGACAGCUGCGGUUGUUUGUUUGUAGAUCACGGCCUGAAGACAAUCUGUCGUCAUUACCCCUGUUCCUCUCUCAGCAGGUCCUCUUCGGCUUUUUGCUGCUCUAUAAUCUAGUCACUGUAAAACCACAGCUUCUGCUUUGGCUGUCAUGUGUUUGCUGAGCUGUUCCCUGAGCCAGCAGUGACUGUUAGUUUGUCGCUAACAGAUUAAACUCCACUUGGCCUCUCCGCCCUCCCCUCUCUGUAAUAAACAGCAUAUGGGAACUGAGUUUAUACCCGUCUUCAAAUAGACAUAACGUGACUGACCUGUGAUCAGCUCCACCAAACAGAGUGCUGUGGGAUUAUAUAACUGAGCCAAUAAACUCCUGAAAUGAUCUGUGAUCUGUUUUACAGCUGUAAUUGUGUGCCAUCCAUCUGAGGUGAUUAUCACACUCCUGUGCACUUAACUUUCUAUUAGGUCCAUAUUGGUGUGUGUUGCAGUUUGCGCUGUCCUGCCCUUUGCCCCGUUCAUGCAGGGACAUACGCAAGCAUGCCCUGUAACGCUAAAGAGGAUUAAGAAGAUAGAGAGCAUGAAUGACGAGAGUUUACACAGCAGGCUCCCACAAAUAGAUUCUUCUGUACUUGUACUUGUACUCGACUGCUAAAAAUACCAAACUUAAAUCGACUGAAGAGAUCCAGAGAAGAAAAACAAAAAUGCGAGAAAAAUGUUCCUCUUCCUGUUUUAAAGGUUUCUGUGUUACAUCACCAAAAAGCUUCACUCCCUCCUCGUCUUUCCUCACAGACGGGCAGGAUCCAUAAAGUCCCUUUACUCAGACUUAAACCUCCAAUUAUCUGUUCACAUAAGUCCUUUCUUCACAGUUGUACAGAUCUAUUUCAUUCUUUUAUUUUCAGCUCUGAAUGUCAUAAUGCAACGCUUGCUUUGCUACUGUCACAGGUUUUUCCACAACUUUUGUUUUCACUUUAGACUGAUGAAAAGUAUUGAGUCAGUCGCAGUUAUAGGAGGGGUUUCUUUUAGUCAGCAAGUAUUGCAAGAAUAAAACAACUUUAAUUUUAUUUUGACUAGCUGUGAUUAAGAUUAAACUCAUAAUACAGUUAAAGUACAAUGACAUUAUCUGUGCAGUUCUUUUGAAGAAGUUUGAGUUUUGAUGUUUUUGUUUUUUUCUUUCAUAUGCAACUUAAAAGCUUGACGUUACUAAAAAAGUUCAACUCUCUGGACAGAACAAUAAACAGGCACUAAAAUCUGGCAUGAUAGCUGUCAGUUGUGAACCAUCGUGACUUUGACCAUUAGGUAAUGGACUACAGUUUUUACACUUUGAAGGGAGGCAUUGUGGUCCAUGUUUGGGGGGUUCCUGGAACAUUUAAGCGUUGUUUGAGUUUAAUUACGUUUUCAUGGGUAAUUGAGCUGUUUUGGAUUUCUGGGUUUAAGGAUGGAUGAUGAGUAAUAGCCAGGUGGUCAGAUGGAUGGAUGUUUUUUUUCAACAUAGCUUAACUUUGUUAAUUGGUACUUUUUUAGAGCAAGCCUCCAAAAGCCAGAACCACAGUUUUGGUUCUUAAGCAUUUUGUUUUUUUGGGGAAUCAACCAUCCGACCAACCAAUCAACCAUCCAGCCACUUAACCAAACAACUAAUGAGCCACUGAACCAUCCAACUAAACACCCAACUGCUCAAUGAACCAACCAUUCAACUAAACAACUAACCACCCACCCACCUACCCAACCAAACAUUCUUCCCAAUUAUUCAACCAACCAACCAACCAACCAUCAACCAACCAUUCAACCAGCUCUCCAACGAUUCACCGACCGAACUAAUCACCCAACCGCUCAAUUAACGAACCAUUUAACUAACCAACCAACCAUUCAACCACCGAAACUACCAACAGUCCAACCAUUUACUUACCUAUCCAAUUAACUUACCAACCAACCAAACAAUCAACCAACUCUCCAACGAUCCACUGACCAAACUGACCGGUCAACAAAGCACCCAACCAUUCAACCACCCAACCUACCAACAGUCCAACCAUUUACUUACCUACCCAAUUAACCUACCAAAAAACCAACCAACCAACCAUCCAACCACCUAUUUGAUCAACCAACAAGCAUCCAACCAAACAACCAUUCAACUAAAUAACCGACCACCCUAACCCUACCCAGCCAAUUACUCUCCCCAAUUAUCCAUCCAACAGUCCAACCAUUUACUUACCAACCCAAUAUACUUACCCACAAACCAACUAAUCAUUCAACCAGCUAUCCUACCAACCACCCACCGACCAGCCAGUCCUCCAACUGACCAACCAACAAAGCACCCAACCAUUUUACUAACCAACCAACCAAAUAUUCAACCACCUAACCUACUAACAGCCCAACCUAUGAACCAACCAUUAAAUACCUACCCAGUUUACUUUCCAACCAACCAAGCAACCAACCAACCACCUACCAAACCAACCUAUCACUCCACCAGCCAACCUACCAAAAAAACAAACCACCCAAACACUCAUCCACCCACCUAACCAUCCAAUUAACUCAAUCAAGUAUCGAACAAACGGACCUACCAACCAGGUAAACAACCAACUGACUAACUGACUGAGUCUUGUAAAGUCAGUUAAACGAUGAGUCUCUGUGUCUUCCUUCAGGGUGAACAGGCCGUUUCUGACCUAUGGUGAAGCGGUGCAGUAUGGGAUGGAAAACGUUUCAUGGCUGAGGAGACACUCGCAGUGGGGAAAGUAAGACGACUAUCUAACCUGCUUUAGUGAAACGGUUUUUUACUACUGUGUGUGUAUGUAUAAUAUGAUAUUUAAGCUUUUACAGGGGCACAUCUCUCACCUUUAAAAACAAAGAUACAAAGUGCUGCACUAGAUAAACAUAAAGACACACAAUCCUUCUCGUUGUCUGACCUCUUCUUUUGUCUCCCUCAGGCAGACAGUGAACUUGUUUCUAAUCAUCACCCAGCUGGGAUUCUGCUGCGUCUACUUUGUCUUCCUCAGUGACAAUAUCAAACAGGUCAAGAUCACUCACUCAACACAUUCACACACACACAGACACACCAAUUAGAGCUCGAAAUGAACGAGACACACAAACAAUUAUCUGGAGUAGUCCCCAAAAUGUACGCCUUUUAGUAAUUUACACAUCAAAAUAUGAAGAAUUGAAGCCAAUAUGAGGGAUUUCUUUAAUUUAACAUCAACAUAAACAUCAAUAUGUGAACACUAACCAUCGUCAGGGUAACAUGUUGUCUAAUAGUUGUCUGCGGGUUGUUGGAAAGACUGUUUGCUGUGUCAAUAUCACAUUCAGGUCACUGUAUCUUCUGACCUUUUACCUGCUCAGCUCCAGAAAUCAGAGCAACUCUCCGAAGUAAACGUGUCCCAGAUCCAUGUGUCCGAACACAGCUCUGUUUACUCUGAUUAUGGACUUGUGGAAAUAUCCCAGCAAUGAUGGUAACAUGAGAGGUAUUUGGUUUAUACGGCAGGUGAAAUGGGGAGAAAGGGCGUUCAAGUACAGGGAUCUAGUCUUAGCCUUUCAGUUGUAGACCUGCAUAUGGGGUAUGGGGUACAAAUAAUCCCUCAAACUGCCGUCUACCCAAAGCUGUCAAUAAGCUUAAGAUGUAGAUGUUAUUGAUUCCUCAUUGAUGGAUGUCUGAUGUCGAUCUCUUGGAGGUUUUUACUUUUACUGUCUGAGCGUCUCGAUCUGCUGUGUGUUUAUCUCUGAAUGUUGUUGGACCUUUGGCCAGUGUUCCCAUCGCCUUUAUCAGCCCUGAGCUAAAAAUCUGGGAGUUUAACUGUUUAUGUCACUGAAAACUAAAACCUCUAAACACCCGAAAAAGGAACUUUUUCUAAAACUCUGUAUUUGAAUAUCAUCCAGUCCCUCAGUUUGGACCACUUUCAAGUGCUCCCCUCUUCCUCUCUGUUAUAAAGUAAGCUCCAUAUAGAGGCUCAGAAGCUGGUUUCAUCUGGGUGCAGGGAUCAGAUUCAGCUGCAGGCGUUCUUUGUUCUUCCAGAUUGUGCAAACUAAAGGGAAAGAGCGCUAUAACUCACAGAAAAGAGGCAGUUUGCCAUGAAAAAUAAACUCUUUAAUGGGAAAAAGUGGGAUUGCUUCCACGACUGCUUCGUGCUCACUGUUUCUGACUCUUUCUGCUGCUUGUGAACGUGUUAGAUAAUCACCUCUGCUCUGAUUUCCUGAUGGGCUGCGGUUGUGUCCAGCGCCAUGUGUAACUCCUAAAUUGGGAGGAAAAGUCUGGGCUGUUUCCAAACGCGCCCUUCUAUGUAUUACAGCUUUUUAACCACUAGAUGGUGCCAUUCGUCUACUGUAGCAGCUUCCUUCUCUUCACAACUCUCACACCAGUUUGCAUAUUUGUGCUUUAGACGUGUUGAAUGUUUUCGUGUAAGUUUUGGAUAUGUAAAAUCUAUGAAAAGUAGCUUCCAAUACAUAUGAUAUAAUAUUUAUUUCAAUCAAAGUCUCAGAAGUGAGAAGCACAGGUGCCUCUCCUCAAUAAUUUGACUCUGCUCUCUGUUUCCAGGUGGUAGAAGCAGCCAACGCCACCACCUUCAGCUGCCACAUCAACUUCACCAACCAGACGCAGGUCCUGGUGCCGAGCUUCGACUCUCGUCUCUACAUGCUCUGCUUCCUGCCUUUCUUCAUCCUGCUGGUCUUCACCCCCAACCUGAAGUACCUGGCUCCGCUCUCGCUGAUGGCUAACCUGGUCAUGACAGCCAGUCUGAUCCUCAUCUACUUCUACUCUCUGAUGGUAAAGAACAAAUUUAUGUUUCUCGCUGAUGCCGUGUGUAAAAUGAAUCCUGUAGAAAAAUGUUCUACACUCAGGAAACUGUUCAAAGUAGUAUAAAGAAAAUACGCUCAAAUUUGGAGCAGUUUCGCUGAACUAAGACGUGUAAUUUUGUGCUGAAGUCAACCUUAACCGCAGUGGAUAUAAUCCAGAUUGUUCUAUGAUAAGUUAGGUGGAGAUUUCCCAUGUGCAGGACUGUAAUCUUUAAAAAAGUAAUAGCAGAUGAAAUCUAAUACGACCUUUUCCUCAUUUUAUUUUACAAGUGGCCCCUUAAAGCAGCACUUUUCCCUCUGUGUGUUAUAAUCCAUCUCUUUGUUUCUACUCUGCUGAUUGGGUCCCCGGGUUGUUAUGGAUAACGGGACAACUGAUAGUGACAGAGUCUGCAGAUUACCUGGUUUCCUGUUAUGGAGUAUUUCAUCAUGCGGCUUCUGCCCUUUUACAGAUAUAUAGCAGUCGUGUUCCCAGAGAAACGGCCUUGCCUUGAAAAAAAAGCAAUUUCUUGCAUCAGAAAGCUUACAAAGAUUCAGCGCUAAGUGAUAUAUGUGGCCUGUGUGGUUCCUCGGUGGCUGAUGAAUCACCUGAGCAGAGAGUUUUAGAAAAGCAGAAGUAUAAAAGCCUCAAGCGUGGCGAGAAACUCCAGGAACCUCUCUGUAUUUCACUCCGUUUGAUUUGCUGCCUCUCUCUGCAGUUAACCCCCAGUUUUAAUGGAGUUCUCAUGUGCCCGCUCCAGUUUCAUUUUACACGCUACACAUCGUGGUCUUAAGCUUUUGGCUCAUCUCUGUGACCUUCAUUUUAAGAGGAAUAUAAAGUAUGGUCAUCCGGAGUAAAAGCAUAAAGAGGUUUCGCUGUCAGCAGCUUUUAGUCCAGCCACCUUUACUGAUCUGUGAGAGUUACAGCAGAAGUGUGAUCAUGAGAGUCUUUUACUGCUAACAAGGAUGCUGACAGAGUUUUCUGAUAAGAGAGGAAACUGGAGGGCGUAUGAGAGGAUCAGCAAGAAGUUCAAUUGUUGUUUUGAAGUCGAGUCAAAUCGUAGUUUGUUUCUUUUUUCAGAUAUAAACAUUAAAUUUGAUAAAGUUGGGUUUUCAAGUGGUUUCAAUAUGACCUCUCAGACAAACUGUUUAUUUAAAUAACAUCAAGAAUUCAUCCAUCUUUAUGCUGAUGACACUGUCCUUUAGACUCCUGCCAAUUAGGGAUGGGCGGUAAAUUAUUGUUCACAAUAUAUCGUCAGAAAAAUCCUCCAUGAUAAAUAUUUGCCAUCUCACGAUAAAUACGCUAAAUCCCUCCACAUGAAGGAUCUCCUUCAAGUUUGUGGUUUAGAUGAGUCCAGUCAGGAAUGCCUGACGUCGGGUAGUGGAUCUGCUGCUGUUCACUCUGUGUAAUAAGAGUUUUUAACAAAUGUCGAAAAUUUUACAUUUCAGACUUGUUGGAUGUCAUUAGUUUUCUCCAUAACCCACCACUAAAACUUGUGGUGAAGUAUCUUAUUUGACUACUCCAGCUGGUGUUCUCAAGACUAAAUGAGUCAAAAAUAUAGAUUGGAAUCAUAUUUUUUAUCGAGACUUUUAUCGUUAUCGCCAGAAUGACAAAUCUUAAAAAUCUUAAAUUUUCAGCCCAUAUCGCCCAUCCCUACCACCAAUUCAUCCACGAUAAUCUGAACCUGCUGCUGCAUUGUUCUAGGACUAUUUAGGUCAAUAUUUGCUCAUAUCAAAAGUGAACAUUUUGAACUGUAGUGCCAGUGUUAUUGUGCAUACCUAGUACAGGUUUUGGCUUUGUCUUACAUCAGGAUUUAAACUAUGUCAGUUUAUAUCUGAAUGCAGUCUUUGUCCUCACAUCUUGAGCGGUCACUGUUAAACAUACAGAUCCUUUUGUCAAGAGCCAGAGUUAAACAAAAGGGAAAGGAUCCAAAUGCAGACAAAAAAGGAUUUAUUUAAAAAGAACUAAAUGAAAAACAACAAAAACUUACUUGAAAAUAUCGGACCAAAAAAAAAACACAAGAAGCAAAAUUCAAAAGAUCAAAAAUGCACUGGGAAACAAAACACAAGGAGAAAACUAGGGACACACGCAUACGCUGACAUAAACAUACAUACAUACAUACACACACACACACACACACACACACACACACACACACACACACACUCACAAUGAACCAACAAGGACAGAGGAGAAGACAGGAGCUGCGUCCGAAUUGCCAAGUAGUAGUCGAAGUAGUAUCUAGCAUGUCCGAAUUGACCACCGGAGCGAGUAGCAUGCUACUUCAGAUACUACUUCAGAUACUAGACAGGCCCACAUUGUAGGUUGGUCUCGGUGCAUCCUACGGGCAUGCUACUGACCCAAAAUGCACCGCGGGCUUCUUCUUCGUCCUCUUAAAAGUUGUAGAAGCGCAUGUGAUGCUAGCGCCACCAGCUGCUCUGCCUAUUUAAAUGUGUCGCGAACGCCGGCUGGCCACAGCAGCGCGCACCAUGUCGGAGCAGCAGCAGGCGGGAGUGCAGUAGUACAGAUGUAAGUUUCAUGUAAGUUCACACACUGUCCUAAAAAAUGUGCGGUUGUAUCUCUUUGUCAUGUCAUGGUGUCAUAUUUGCCCAAGUAAUCAUUUUAUGAGCAAAUAUGUGGCGACAUCAUGGAGGUAAAGCUCACUUAUUCCAUCAUUAAACUGCACAGCUGCAGUACUACAGCCAGGCCCGCAGAUGAGGGGCUUCAGUUACCACUGUCUGCACGGGCGCAGUACCUACUCUCUGCCUGCGGGGGUCGUCUUUUCCCACCGCUUGUCUAGUGUGUCCGAAUUGGGCCAACGUGUUUAGUAUGUAGGAGUAGGAUCUAGCAGUAGUAUGUAGCAGUAGCAUGUAGUAUCCGAGCGGGCAGUUCGGACGCAGCAAGGGACUAUAUACACACACCGGGAAAUGAGCAACAGGUGAGACAGACGAGACACAGGUGAGACUCGGGCGAUUAACAAAGGAGGGAAAACUAGGGAAGUAAAACCAGACUAGAAACACAAGGAAUCAACUCCUACAAAAUAAAACAGGAAAUAAACACUGAAAACUGAUUUAAAGAAUAAAACACAGAGAGCAGGGGGGAAACAGGGUCAAAGACAAACUGAAAAAACUCACAAGACUGGAUCACAGGGAACAGGAACACUAGGGAAAAUACACAGAAAGUAAACUCAAAGAACAAAAUCAGGUGAAAACUAAAUUAACAGAACAGAUCAUGACAACUGUACAUAAUAUGUUAAUUUAGCAAUAAAGCAAUUUAUUAUCUUUGUCUGGUAAAAAGCCUUAGCAUUGUAGUGAAGUGCAAAACCUCCAAUGUACCCAGCUGAGCCGUGUGGUCUCUCACAGAUGUCAGGUCUAGAUGAUCCUAAACAAGAAGAGGAAUGAGGAGCUCAGUCUGGUAUAAUCUGAGGAUUGAUGACCUUGAUGACUUUGACUAAAAUCACCUUUGUGGGCGGCAGAAAAAGAGGAGACACAGAUUUGAGAAAGGAUUAUGAAAAGGGUUAAUAGAAAAUAAACAAAGAGCACAAACCAAACAACACAUGAAGAAAGAAAACAAGUUAGAAAAACUGACGCUCCCUCAGAGGUCAACAAGCCAGAGAGAAAGAGAGAGAGAGAGAGAGAGAGAGAGAGAAAGAGAGAGAGAGAGUGGUAUAUAUUUGAAUAUGUGUGGAUAUCAGGACAAAACAGUGGAAAUGUGUCAUUGAUCAAUGAGGUUUAUAUGAGGGGAAUAAAUGUUGGUGCAGUUGAUCUUAAGGUUGGCUGCAGCCUUGAUAACCUCUGCUUGUUGGAGUUUAAGAGUCUAAAGUUCACAUCGCCGCUCCUCUUCCUGGAAUGUUGUAAAAAUUGAUAACCCCUCCUGGAUCAGAUCAGGUCCAAAGUCUGAGGAUGGUUGUAACUAACAUACACUGAGCUGACUCUGGAUCAGAGAUCAGACCAGGAAAUAAAACUCAGUCAGUCGUCGUCGACAGCGAGUGUUGAAAUGGCGCAGAAAGGAGUUCAUCUGGACCGUGAGUCUUUCUCUUGUUCCAUCUGUUUGGAUCUUCUGAAGGAUCCGGUGGCUGUUUCCUGUGGACACAGCUUCUGCAUGAGCUGUAUUCAAUCCUACUGGGAUACUGAGGAUGAGAAGAAGAUCUACAGCUGUCCUCAGUGCAGAGAGACUUUCACACCGAGGCCUGUCCUGUUGAUAAACACCAAAAUAGCAGGUUUGGUGGAGGAACUGAAGAAGAGCGGACUCCAAGCUGCUCCUGAUGAUCCCUCUAAAGCUGGACCUGAAGAUGUGGUCUGUGACGUCUGCAGUGUGAGAAAACGGAAAGCUGUCAAGUCCUGUCUUCAAUGUCUGGCUUCUUACUGCCAGAUUCACCUCCAGCCUCAUUUUAAAUCACCUCCAUUCAAGAAACACAAGCUGGUGGAGCCCUCCAAGAAGCUCCAGGAGAACAUCUGCUCUCGUCAUGAUGAGGUGAUGAAGAUCUUCUGCCGCACUGAUCAACAGUCUAUCUGUUAUCUCUGCUCUGUGGACCAACACAAAGGCCACGACACAGUCUCAGCUGCAGCAGAAAGGACUGAGAGGCAGAAAGAUCUGGAGGAGAGUCGAGGAAACAUCCAGCAGAGAAUCCAGAACAGAGAAGAAGAUGUGAAGCUGCUCCAACAGGAGGUGGAGGCUAUCAACGGCUCUGCUGAUAAAGCUGUGGAACACAGCCAGGAGAUCUUCAGCCAGCUGAUCCGUUUGAUGGAGAAACGCCGCUCUGAGGUGGAGCAGCAGGUCAGAUCCCAGCAGGAACGUGAAGUGAGUCGAGUCAAAGAGCUUCAGGAGAAACUGGAGCAGGAGAUCACUGAGCUGAAGAGGAAAGACGCUGAUCUGCAGAAGCUCUCACUCACAGAGGACCACAACCAGUUUCUGCACAGCUACUCCUCACUGUCAGGACCGGGUCAACCUGCAGACUCAUCCAGAAUCAACAUCCGUCCUCUGAGAUACUUUGAGGAGGUGACAGCAGCUGUGUCAGAGGUCAGAGAGAAACUCCAGGAUCUUCUGACAGAGACGUGGACAAACGUCUCACAGGCAGUGACUGAUGUGGAUGUUUUACUGUCAGAACCACCAGAACCAGCAGAACCCAAGACCAGAGCAGAUUUCUUAAGAUAUUCAAAAAGAAUCACACUGGAUCCAAACACAGCAAACAGAGAAAUUUUAUCAUCUGAUGGAAACAGAAGAGCAACAAGGACAAAACAACAACAGUCUUAUCCUGAUCAUCCAGACAGAUUCACUUAUUGGAUUCAGGUCCUGAGUAGAGAGAGUCUGACUGGACGUUGUUACUGGGAGGUGGAGCGAAGAGGGGGCGGGCUUUGUCUAGCAGUCGCAUACAAGACUAUCAGGAGAGCAGGGAACUCAGUAGAUUGUAGAUUUGGAUACAAUGAGAAAUCUUGGAGGUUCGAGUUUCAAAAUGACAAAUAUGAAUUUCUGCACAACAAAGUCAUCACUCCUGUCUCAGGUCCUCAGUCCUCCAGAGUAGGAGUGUACCUGGAUCACAGAGCAGGUAUUCUGUCCUUCUACAGCGUCUCUGAAACCAUGACUCUCCUCCACAGAGUCCAGACCACAUUCACUCAGCCGCUACAUGCUGGACAGGCGGUGGGCUACAGUUAUGGAGACUCUGCUGAGUUUAUUGAACUGAAAUAAAGAGAAUUUUGAGUCCAUCAGACCAAAAUCAUGGACUGAGAUCCUUGAACUCUUGAAAUGUUCUGGUUUGUAAAUGUUUGUGGAUCAGUCUCACCAAAAACUCUGGGUUUAGUUCUUCAUUUCAGCUUUUUGAUUCUUUUCUAAAGAUGCUGAUUUGGUCGCAGCUUUAAGGACAGUGAUUGUGGAGAACUUUGAUUGUUUGUAUUUCUCAUGUUGAAAAAUCUUCACAAAUGUUUGAUUAACAAAAACAUCAAGAUGAUGAUUUGUUCAAAUCACCUUCAGUUGGUGCAGAUGUUGAAGGUCUGAGACUUUAGAAAAAAGUGAGGUCAAAAUCACAGAAAAAGGACGACCUUAUUUCCUGUCCCAAAUCCAAGCGUCUAAAGUCUUUCCAGUCGUCCCCAAAAACUCUUCAGAUGAUCUGUUUCUUUCUCUGUUUGCUGAAUAUUUGUUUUCAUGUCAUCGAUGGAUAUUUCUGUCUGCUUCUGUUGGAUCAGUGUGUUUGUAAAGACAUCUAGAAUCAGACUUUUGUCAGAUCAACAUGUUGUUAUGAGCUUUUCAAUCACUUUAAUAAUAAUAAUCACAUUUAUUAGUCCGACUGUUUUUAUGUUUCUGACUCAGCUCAGAUUGUGGUGAAGUCUCUGAUUGUGGGUAAAAACAAUAAAAAUCAUCAAACCGAGUCACUGAAAGCACCUCACCUGUUCUUCUUUAUUUGGUCUGUUUCUACUGGAUGUCAUGUUACCGGCCCGUCUGGGUCAGACAGAGAAAGAGAGAACUGCUGACUGUCAGAAUUGCUGCCUAAAUGCGAGUUGUUUACCUUCAGUUUAAAGUAAGUUCGCCUUUUGGUUCAGUGUGUGUGCUACAGCAGAGCUGAAAGUGAAACUCCGUGCUGAGAAGUCAUAAAUGAUCCACCUAGCAAUAUUUCUGCUGCGUAUAUCAACAUGUAAACAGGCUUCAAUUAUCACUGUUGUCACAAGCCAGGGUUGAGGAAAAGAAAAGGACCCAAAAAUGCAGAAAAAAGGAUUUAUUAUUAAAGAACUAAAAACGACAAAAACUUUCUUCAAAAUGUCCAACUACAAAACCCAAAGGCAAUAUUUAACAAAAGACAUUGGGGAAAAAAAAAACACAAGGAGACAAGGGAUUGUGAACCAACAAAGAAACAGGGGAAGACAGGGACUGUAUAUAUACACACUGGGAAACAUGCAACAGGUGAGGCAGACGAGACACAGGUGAGACUCGGUUGAUUAACAAAGGAGGGAAAACUGAGGAAGUAAAACCAGACUAGAAACACAAGGAAUCAACUCCUACAAAAUAAAACAGGAAAUAAACACUGAAACUGAUUUAAAGAAUAAAACUCUGAGAACAGGAGGGAAAAAGGGUCAAACACAAACUGAAAAAACUCACAAGACUGGACGACAGGAACAAUAGAACAAACACACAGAAAAUACACUCCAAUAAAACCAGGAGAAGAAAAGUAAACUAACAGAACAUAUGACACCUUUUAUAUCCACAGAAUUAGAUGAAGGAGGAUGAAAUCUUCAUCCCUCUCUCUCUCUCUGGAGCUUUGUAGAAUGAAAGUCCCCUGUAUGUUGAGUUCAGUCCACAGCUCCUCAUAAAAACCUUGAUUAUAUUAAAUUAUUUCAUUACAAGUUAAUGUAAUUCCAAGUCUUUGGCAAACAAACAACCCGACAGGCCGAAGAGAGAGCGGUCCUCUCUCUGCAGAAGAUGUCCGUACUGAAUCUGAUAAUGAAUGAUCCAAAUGUUCCUCUUUACUGUCGGUAUGAGGCCUGAUUAGAUGUGAACUUUUACUCUGGUAUUCAGGAAUAACAGAGUCAGGCUUCAGUCUCUGCAGACGGUGAAUGAGUGUUUCUCUGUUUUCCCUCCAGAACAUCCCCUACCCAAUCAACCUGCCGAAAGUGGGCCGAGCGAAAGACUACCCUCUCUUCUUUGGGACGGCCAUCUUUGCCUUUGAAGGGAUCGGAGUGGUGAGUGAUGAAGUUAAAGAUAACAGCUGAUAACAGCCGAACCUCUUUACAUGACUUCGUUAGACGAAAUGUAAUAAGCAGCCAUGACAUGUUUGAGACAUGAGAGAUGCCUUUGAUAGUUUCUCUGCUUUUCCUCUUCUUCGUUUCUUCUUCAUCCUCUUCUUUUCUUCAUCUUCUGCACUUUAGCUUCUUUUCUGCUUCCUUUCAUUUUUCUUUUGCUUUACUCGCUUCUGUUCUUCCUGCUUCUUUUGCGUUUUCUCCGUCUUCCCUUUCUUCUUAUUCUUCUUAGUUUCAUUCCUUUUAUAUUGGUCAGUCUACUCUCCUUUUCCUUUUCUCCUUUUCAUUCUUUGUUUUAUUUUCUGCUUCUUGGUGUUUUUUCUUUUCUUUACGUUGUUUUCUCCUUCAGUCAGUUUUCUUUUUUACCUGCAUUUUCUUUUUCUUGUUUUCCUUUUUUUCCUGAAAUGCUCUGAUAUCGAUAUCAGCCGUCCACAGUCAGUUUUCCUCUUGAUAAAAUAAUCUAACUGAGCAGCUUCACACAGCAGUAGAAAGACGCCUGAGGUCACUUUUAAGUAAGAAAAAUGGGGAUUUCUCUGACACCUGAUCAAAACAAGCCAAAUUGCAGGUCUGAUGACUUCCUCCAUUAAAAUACCUCUCUAUUUAUCAAGGUUAUACAUUCAGGUAUAUGUUACUACAAUUACACACAUGUUGGCGUAUAAAGUAGGGCUGGGCGAUAUGUCCUCAAGUCAAUAUCACGAUAUAUUGAUCAGUUCACCUCGAUAAUGAUAAAUGGACGAUAACUACUCCACAAGCUGCUCACCCCCUCCUACAUUAACUUCGUCUACUUCAGCCGCUACAACUUUUGAACCGUCCUCCACUUCCUUGUUACGUACUGGAUGGGGUGGAGUCACGUCUCUGACGUAGGACAGCAUCUUAAAGGGACAUGAGACCAUAGCCUACCUACACACAUCCAAAACCAACUUUGAUUUAUUCUGUUUUUGACACCGAAUACACCGAUAUGGGCAAAAUGAUGUUGGUUAUUGUCGUAAAUUUCGGUAUCGGUAAAUUUCGGUUUAUCGUCCAGCCCGAGUGUAAAGCAAAUGCUGCUCUGAGGUGUGAGCGUAAAGUUUGGUCAUAUUGCUGGUUCAUAGUGUCGUGUCGUUCAAAAGAACGGAACUGCUGAGUGAACGACAUGAACUGAAUCACUCAGAGACCUGAUUCGUUCCUUUCUCAGUUCAGUUGAGCUCAGCCGCGAGCCUUGCGUGCCGGUCGGGAGUGGAACUGCCGCCUCUGACUCUUUGGUGAACGACACACAGCCAGCGAGCGUGUCUGUAUAUUUCUGUAUUGUCACAGGUGGAUUAUGGGAACUUAAAUUGAUGCAUCGAUGCAGUGAAUGAAUUCUAACACCCCAGUCUUCAUUUGAAACUAACAAAUCUGCUCCGACUGGAUCAUUUGAAACUUGAGUUGGCAGCUCAGGACACCGGGAUCGUGAUGAAGUGUUCAAACCAUAAAUGACAGUAAACCUCAGCUAACAAAUCAUAUUUCCUCGACUCUAAUGUGGAGCUGCUCUGUCGUCUGUCAAACUGUUUAGCCAUUAUUAAAAUGUGCCGUCAGUUUGUUACAGGACCGAUUUUUCAUCCUGACCCACGACUUUUAAAGAUAAAUAGACGUAUUUGUCAAAAUCAUGAGCAGAUGCGUCACACUGGACAGGAGGCUCAUACACAAUACGGUGAAAAGCUCACAUUUCUAUUAUCUCUUAAUGCUGUUGUGGCACAUUUAUCAGCUUCUUCUUUCCAGCCAUGACUCUGAAAAGAGGAAAAGUUUUUAUACAGUAUUAUUCAAAAAGCAAAAAGUGCCCUAAAAUACGAUCGGACUGUUAGUUAAAACUGAAGAGUCCUGUUUUUUUCAUCGUGGUUCGAUGUUCUGAUCAGAUCUUUGAGUCAGAGUUUUAGUCCGCAGAGAUUUCCUCAUUUGUAUUCAGUCUGCAGAGUUCUCAGAGAGUACUGGACUUUCUAAUGUGUUGAGUGCAGAGAAAGAAAGCCCCGGUCUUUAGCUGAAAUGUCAAAACAAAAUUUACUCUUCAUUGUAUCGUCCAAAAUCAGGACGUGUCAGCCUGAGAGGAAGUGACAUUUUAAAAUGAAACGAACUGGCUGAACCCCUUUGAUGACACUUUCUUCUCUGAAGUCUUUGUUCUGUUGUUAAAAUGUCAAAAGAGAGGCCGACCCACAAAUCAUCGGGUCCACUCUGAAACUAACAGGGCGGUUGUAUCCUCGUCUCGCUGCAGGUUCUUCCUCUGGAGAACAAGAUGCAGAGGCCUCAGAGGUUCAUCCCCGUUCUGUACUUGGGGAUGGGCAUCGUCACCUUCCUCUACAUCAGCCUGGGCACCAUAGGAUACAUGUGCUUUGGAGAGCACAUAGGAGGGAGCAUCACUCUCAACCUGCCAAACUGCUGGUAAGACAACAGAGACAGAAAAUCUGAUAUCUGUCAGUGUCUGAUCAGGAAGACGGGAACACGUGCUGGGUACUCCACAUGCUUUGAAUCCAUGUUUGGAUAAUAAUGCAUGUUGUAGAUUAUCAGAGUAUGUAUCCUGCAAUGAUAUCAGAUAAAGUACGUUAAUAUUUCUUUGACUACAAAGACAAAAUAAAAAACAAAACAGAAAAUCGAUUUCUCAGAAUCAGAUAUAAAUCAAGAAUAAUCAAACCUUUUCUCUCCUCAAUACAAAACUCUAAACUCAAGAUGGGUCACAGUCGGCUGCCGUACAAGUUCUCCACCUAUAAAGUGUGUGCACACGUUUCCAUGUGUAAUACCUGUAGAUAAACGUUUCCUUCAGACAUACAGGAUCCUGCUAUUUUCUUCAUUUCUGACACGGAGGACUGUUAUUUCUUCAUUUUCAAGAGCGGCAGAUCGCUGUACCAUGUAGAAAACCAGCAAAGAAGAAAAGGGGAUAAGUUAUUGACAAAAAAGUGGCCUGUUCGCGACACUGAUAUGUUUUUACUGUGAGGAUGUGAAAAAAAAAUCACAUUAUUAUGCAUUUUAACACUUUUAUCAAGAGUUUACCGUCUCUGUGUGAGCACUGCACUUCAAGGCUGGAUGGAAACGCCUCUGAAAUGAAAACUGUAGUCAAAAGCCCCUGAUAAAGCGGCUAAAUGGUUAGCUACGAUCACAGUUGUUUGUAUUCUUAUAUGGCUACAAAGAUAUCAGACACAACAGGAGUGGUACCAGUUGCCUUCAUGGACCCCCCAGUUUUCAGGGACUUUGAUUUUUCAUUGAAUCACGGUUUCCUUUCAUUCGAGGAGGGUCUGAAUUUCAUCAGGUACAGGAAGUUUGAGGAUUACUUCAGUGCAGCGUUUCUGGCAGUUGAAAAAUGGGCUGUAAUGGCUGCAGUUUAAUCCUCGAGGGCGAUGCUGCUCUCAGCACUUUUUAGCAGGUAUUUGACGACGUUACAGGGAGGAUGUCUUCACACCCUCUGAAACUCUGACUCGUGUUUCCCUCUUCGAUUGGUGCCACUUCAAACUAACUGAUGGGAACGAGUUACGUUAGGUUAAAAUAGAUAAUAUUAUAAAGAAAGCACAUUUAAGCAGGAGCCAUGUCUUUAAAAAGAAGAGACGCCAGUGCUCAUGGGAAAUGUAGUCUUCAUUCCAGUAAACCACUUCUGGUUUCAUGUAAAGUGGUCUUCAGAAUCAGUAAAGCAUAAAAACUCCUCAAAGGAGAUUUUCAAGGUUUCAAAUCCAGUUUCUAUUUUUUAAUUUUGGGUUCCUGUUUGACAGACGGAGGUUUCAGAGAUUUUUGAGCUGACUGAAUUCAGGUUCACUAAAAGAGCUUAUUUUGCCACAGACGGGCUCACAAGUGUAAGACAACAUCUUUAACCAUUUCUAGAUUAAUUUUUCGUCUGAACUGACAAAAAAAAACACACAUUUAGCCAUAUUAUGAUGUUUUUUAGUAAUCACUGUAGGAUGCUGUUUUCCCAGAGGCCUUAAAAACCACUGCAGCUGAAUUUUAGGUACAUUUCUUUGUCACCUCCUAGUGGUCAGCAUCAGAAAAAACAUGUACACUGUCUUCAAUCCAACGAAACAGAAAGCAAAGUUAUUUAACCUUUGAUUUGACAAAAUAAAAUUCAUAUCUAGACUAAAUUUUAGCAAAAGCUACAGCAGGUCAUCUCUCAGUAAAACUUGGUACUAAAUCCACAGACAGUUUGGUGAGUCCUGAUGAAAUAAAAAAUGUCUCUGAAGUCACUAAUGGACAAAAAAAUCAAACGUAAAUUUGUAUAAGCGACUUUUUUUCCCCCCAUUAUUUGUUCAGACAUGUUCCUUCAGACUGAAACGUUAACUCGUCACUUGAGAUGAGACUUCCUGAGGAGACACCUGAGGUAGUUUUUAUCAUUACUGAGACCCAGUUUCCAAAUUGAUGUUUGAUAGUAUAAUUGCACGAUAGCUUUUCAUACGUCUCAGGUUAUUACUCUCUGUUGAAAAGAAGUGUCCUCACUUCAGAGCUCAGCACACGCAGAUGGAGAGCUAAUCAGAAAUCCAGACAUCACAUAGAAACGAUGUUAGAGCUUCAUCUUCACUCACAAAGCGGACUAACAUCUGGGUGUGUGUUCUCUGCUCAGGAACGCCGUGUUCUCAUCAUGCGCCCUCUUUAAACUCACUUUGGGUCUGAGGGAUGUUAGAGGUUGUAAAACCAAACAGUCGGAUUGGAUUUGUUUGCUCAUUACUUCUCGGUAUCUUCACAGCGACGGCGGACAGAUUCGCGUUCUGAAAUGGCAGGACUGAUGUCGCUAAUUAGUACAACAGAUUGGCAGUUUAAUGAGGUUGAAAACUCAAAGACUUUAAUUACCAACACCCUAGUUUCAAAAAAAAAAAGUGAGUUUGUUUUACAAGAGCCACAAAUUGAUUCCUCUUCAUCUGGUCCUGUGAUUUCUGAUUAAGCCUAAACGGGAAAACGGAGGUUAUGUGUUGAUGCUUGUUUUGUAUUUCAUGAAAGGUUUUUGAUUAGAUCCAUUUCACUGUUACGAAUAAAUUGAAUUUAGUUAAUUUAUGCUUGUGCAACACUUUUUUAUGGUGUGUAAUUUCUGCGUCUCUCUCUCUCUCGUCUGUUUUCAAUCCUCUUGUUUCCAGGAUGUACCAGGCUGUGAAGCUGCUCUACUGCUUUGGUAUUUUCAUCACCUUCGCCCUGCAGUUCUACGUCCCAGCAGAAAUUCUCAUUCCUCCUGUUUUGGCCCGUGUGUCGGAGAGGUGGGAGAAGCCCGUCGACCUCAUGCUACGCACCCUGUUGGUCAUCUUCACGUGUAAGUAAUCAGUCAAGCUUUUAAAAGGCAGGCUUUGUCCACAGAAGGAGGAGGCUGAUGGUUGGUUUUAGUGGAAGAGGCGCUCUGCUAAUAAACUGCAUGUGUGGUGCCGUGAGGAGAUGUUCCUGCAGGUGUUUUGUUAAGAUCACACACCUGUUUCAAAAUUUCCUGUUUCAACAUUUAUUUUUUAUUUUAUUUUUUUAUAGUUUUCAGUGAAAAAUUUGCAAACCUCUCAAGACCCACUCCGAUGAAAUCAUAUUUUUCUUGUUGUCUCCAUGUACAUAUAUUUCAUUUUUCUAAAGCUAUAGGACACACCAUGAGAAAAAUAAGUGUAAUUGUAUUUCCGAGUAUUUCUGCAUUCAAAUCGCUGUGAAUCUCUGUCAGACCCUAACAGUGAGAUUUCCUACAUCACAAGUCCAAGCUCCGCCCACAGAGCCCCACUAUGCAGACUUGAAAAAGUAGAGAAGACGAUUGCAGAACAAGCGUGUGUGUUAGCAGGUUGCGAUGCUCAUAAGAAAGCUAAUUAUGAUAUUAACUUUCAUCAUGUUCCGAUAGCUGAGUAGCUCCUAUGUUACCUGCCACUUCUACUCCACCGGCAAUGUUAGACUACAAGCUAACAUGAAGAGGAGUUUGCAGAGCAGCGCUGUUUCUGACUAAUAACUUGGAGGUCCUUAAAAAUGACACAGGUAACGUGAUUUUGGCUAAAAACUCCACAAUUACAGUUCAAAGACCACUGAGAAGACUUUAGGUAGUAUAAACAAUAAUAAUCUGAGCGGGACUUUAAAAUCCGUUUGAAUUAAAACUGAUUUGGAAUCAAGGUUGUAAAUUCUUGUUGCGUCUGUAAGUGCGGAGAUGUUUCGCAGCUGAAUGAAUCCUCGUCACUUCAGAUUGAUUCUCCUUCAGUUCGUUAUAGCUGCUCCUUAAUUACUGUAUUCUUCAGUAAUUAGUCUGCUGUCUGAGGUUGGCUUAAAAUUGAUGUGUGUGUUAAAAUCUCCUUCUACAUGUUCUGAAUUAUUCUGUCGUCAGGGAUCGCUGGUUCUUGCUGUUGUAGAUAUUUGUAGGACGCAGACUGAGGGAGAUAUAUGGUAAAAGAUUAUAUUAACAUUUUAAAAGCUUUUAAAUAAAGAUACACUGAGUUAUUUAUGGUGGUAAACUGGACCCAACGCAGCAUGUCUAUCCAAACCUUCAGUUUACAGUUGAAGAGAGGCUGGUUCAGACUGGAAGGAGAGCUGCACUGGAAGGAGAGCUGCUCUACAAAACCGUUUUCCUAACCUUGUCCGACGACACUUAGCCGGUGAUGACGUGUGUUGUUGUGUUCAGAGCGUUUGUGUGUCUUAUAGUGUGCACUUGACAUUGUGACUGCUCAUUCCCUCCUGUGUUUUCUCUGAAUCCUGUCACCUGUAAGUCAAACGGCGCUGCCUUUCAAACAUACUCGCUGAUCUUUUUUACCACUUGAGGAUCCUUUUGGAUUUUGUAGGUUUUUUUUAACGAGACUGCAGUCACAUGUGUGUCCAUCCAGCUGUGUGUGCGUCCUUUGUGGUUCUCACGUGAAUGAAAAUGAAAUCCAGCAACUUACCGGCCACGUGUAGCAUCAGCACACACCCUCAGACACACACACACACACACACUUCUCCAUCUACACGCACACUUUCAGGCAGUGACACACAGGUCCCUGUAAUAGCUCUGCCAGGCUAUUUAUAGCAGAAGCAGUCCUCCGAUUGCUAUUGAUUCCCAUUCGGCGAGGACCGCUGAUCCUUAAACUCUGUUGUUGUCACGUGCCUCGUGGUCAGGUUUCUGAGAUUUAGUGUGGAGAUGCUGGGGCAGGUUGAGGUCAGUAGGGGGCAGACUUUUACCCAACUGAAGAUCAUUAGGAUGACAUCAUGUUGUCAGAGAUGAGAGUUCAGAUCCCUGCGUUGGAGGCAGAUUUUGUCCAGUGGAAACCCUAAAUGUAAAUGUUCUUUAUUUAUACAGCCCUUUACAACAACCUUUCGGUGAACCAAAGUGCUUUACAAUAGAAGAUAAAAAUGAAUAAAUGAAAGCAAUAAAAAAGAGUAAAAUACAAUGCAAUGAAAUAAAGUGUCACCACGCGACUGGGUAUUAAAAGCCAGAAUAAACAAGUAUGUUUACAAUCGGGAUUUCAAAAGGCCCGGGUCGGAAAUUAGUCUCAUUUCAGUGGUGAUCUUAUUCCAGAGCCUGGGACCAACAACUGAAAGGUCUGGGUCACCCCAGUGUUUGUGUUUUGACACCUCCAGCAGAAGUUGAUUUGACGACCUCAGAGCUCUACCCGGCUCCUGAACGGUCAAAAGUUCAGUGAAAUAGAUGGAAGUGAGGCCGUUAAGAGCUUUAAAAAUAAAAAAUAAAAGUUUAAAAUCAGUUCUAAAAGAAACAGGAAAAGCCAGCGAAGGGAGCGAAGAACAGGAAUGAUGUGCUCACGUCUGUUAGUGUUGGUUAAAAGACGGGCAGCAGCAUUUUGGACAAGGUGAAGGCGACUAAGAGAUGAUCGGGAGAUGCCAACAUAAAGUGCAUGACAAUGGUCUAAUCUGUAACUGAUCAGAGCAUUGGUGGCUAUCUCAAGGUCGUGACGGCUUAAAAACAUUUUGACCUUGGCCUAGAAAAUAAAAAAUACAUACAUCAAUUCAAAUAUUAAGAGCUUCAAAAUCUUCACAAAAUUUUUGACACUGUAUAUCCACUAACUGAUGAAUCUGGACUUAACGUUCAUGCAGGUCAGUAAACGGGGGAUCUGUAUGUAUUUCUCCUACUUUGUACACACAAUGAAGCAAUAUCCCCUGCAUUUAUCCCUGACAAAUAAAGAGUACAACACAUAACAUUGGUAAGUGUACUUAAUUAAAAAAAACUAAAAUUGAUAGACAAAAACAUCCUCCUGCUCCUCUUCCUGCUCUCCUCUCUACCUGAUAGUUCCCAUCACUGUUGCACAUUGUGUAGAAGAUCCAGCGGUCCAUCAUCUUGUGGGUAUUUUGGAUGUUUCAGUCGGUGGUAAACCUCAGACCAGAACGAAAAACACAGUCAAGGGCAUUUGCAUCCUUCAGUGCCCGGAAACGUCUCCAACAGAGGGAGUCCUGGGUGGGAGAAAGACAGACGAGUGAAACCGAGCUGCCAAAGGGAUGGAAAACCAAUGAGUAUUCAAAGUGCUUCCAAUAAAAGCAGCCACUAAAUGGUUUAAUCAAGUCCGCCUUCUCAACGCGGUUUUUAAAACCAGUUUCUCGAUCGAUUCUUCCAGUUAGCCUGAUUUUGAUUGCUUUCUGUAAAACGUGAUGGAUGGCUCUAAUUCAGUUUUGGACGGGAGGGCUGCACACGGCAAACUGUCACGAUAUUAACCCGUGUCUGGCUCUAAUAGGAAAGCGGCCUCACUGUUGUUCUCGCUGCUGUUAAAAGGAAAACAGAAAGACUUAACAGGGUCUUAUAAACAGCUUAGUUUGUCAAAAACAAGGAACUGAAGAAGUAAUUGAGUUUGCAGCAGGCACACUGGAAUCGAUGAGCAAUCUGCAAGUAAUGAGGAGGCUGGUAACUCACGUCAGAGUUUCAGAGCAGGCUUGGUAUCGGGCCAGAAGUGUUGUGGUUUGAUCUCUUUGUUAUUUACUUCGAGAUGUGCUUUUCUGAAAAUGAUCCUGAAAACAUGUCAGAAUAUUGUAGUUUCACCGUGUAUCCUGUUAUCUCUGCCCACUAAUAACUCGACCUGCACAGAGCAUGUGGGAGUCAGAGGGGUUUUUAACAACUUCUGUAUAAUUACUUUAUUUGUAGAGAUCAAUGCACCACAUUUUUCAUUACCUCAUGUGAAGAGGGCAGUUUCUCUCGUCUCGUCUUCUUCUGCCCUUUGCAGACACACACCUUCUAACUUUACUCUCACUCUGUUGCGUCUGCGAUCUAGCUGCGUCUGUAUGCUAUCUUUCUUUCUUGGUGGAAGCUCUAACUCAAAAAACGUCUGUGAUAUUUUACUUCCAUUGGAGUGUAGAUCACUUUUGACUUGCUGACUGAGCUAUCGUGUAGUUUUUUUAAAUGAAAGGUUUGAAAUAAAAGCCCAGCGGUAUUUUCCAUCAUGGCUGAAGCAGGACUAGAUGCGAAACUACAUUGCGCUAGGGCUGGGCGAUAUGGCCUCAAAUCAAUAUCACGAUACAUUGAUCAGUUCACCUCAAUAAUGAUAAAUGGACGAUAACUACUCCACAAGCUGCUCGGCCCCUCCCACAUUAACUUCGUCUACUUCAGCUGCUACGACUCUUGAACCGUCCUCCAUCUCCUCACCUGUCUUUCCCUCUUUGUUACGGACUGGAUGGGGUGGAGUCACGUCUCAGAUGUAGAACAGCGUCUUAAAGGGACAUGAGACCGUAGCCUACCUACAAACAUCCAAAACUAACUUUGAUUUAUUUAUUUUUUUGACACCUAAUAUAUCGAUAUGGGCAAAAGGGCAUCGGCUAAUGUCAUAAAUUUUCGGUUAAUCGCCCAGCCCUACAUUACACACACUUAAAAAUGCGAAUUUCAGACCUUAAUGGCAUCAAGAUUAGUGCAUUAUUGACGUCAAAAAGGUUUGGACUCACUGCUCCACACAUCAAACUCUAACUGUAAGGACUUUAUUAUCCAACUUGGAUUAAUUUGGUUAUUUUUCCUGUCUGUUUCCAAGUCUUAUGCAACAUGUAGCACUUAAAGUCAACGGUAUAAUGUAGGUUUAGCUGUCUUAAGAGGUAUUAUGUAUCCUGCACACUUGAGCAUGUGCGGCUUUGCAUAAAAGCCUCAAUUAAAUGAUGAAUGUUAAGAUGCUAAAUCACACCACUCCGUCGAGAGAUGUGAAGGGUUCGCAGUGUUGCAGAAGAAUGUGUCCAUCUCAAGCUGAGCUUGAUACAGAUGCUGCUUUCUUGGCACAAAGGAGUUCUUAAGGUAUUCAUAUUAUGCAGAAGAAGCAGCGCACGAGGGAAACAGAGCAGAGAAUCAGAUGAACUAUAGACGUAGGGAUGUUCUUCAUAUGCAGCUUAUUUAACUGUUCUUCUGAGAUGUCCCCAGUGCAGUUCAAUACCAGGUUUAUGGUUGUGCAGCAAUCAGACUCCGACAGAUUAAUGCUCAUACUUUGCGAAUGUGAAAGUUUUUCCCAACAAGAAAUGUCCAGCAGCCUCAGUUCAUUACCAUUCCCCCCUCAUUGCACUUCACGUUGAAUAAAACCUCAAGUCACGGCAGACGUAUUCAGUUAGAGAACCGCAGCGCUUGUUAGCCCCGGGAUCCUCAUUUCCUUUAUUAGCUGUGAUUGGAGCCUGCAGAGAAUUAUGCAGAUGGCAUUUUCCACACUGUAUAGGUUUCUGCACAUGCAUGUUGAUAAGCUAAUAAAAGGGAAUAAAUGCAUACAUGUGCCACUUCACGACUCCAGGUCAUUUGCAAGGCAGAGCCGGCUUUCAUUGGCGCUGAGUGGAGCGUGUGUAGUGAAAUGCGGAGACUGCGCAGCAACAAGAAAAGACUAGCUUCCAGUGGGAUCUCACUGAUGCGUGCUUGAAUAAAGGAAGGAGGCGAGGGACGGGGACCUGAGGAGGUUGUUGCUCUAACAUGCGCGUCUGCGAGAAGGAGAUUGCUUUAAGUUUUGAAUCGGAAUAGGAGAUGAGAUUGAAGCAGCGCGCUGUCGUCUGCGUAUGUGUUGAGUAAAUCUCGGAGAGGAUGCUUCUGAGAGUCUUUGAAUCAAGAACAGAAGUCAGUUCUUGGCUGUCCGGAGGGAGAAGCUUUUGUCUUCACUUCUGCGGCUGUGCCUGGUGAUGUGCUGCUGUUUGUGUUGCAAGGUUAUCUGAGUAUGUGCAGCAAAGACAGAGAACUGAAGGGCUUUACCCAGAGCAGGUGCCUCCCUCUUCAACAGUUUUACAUCUUUUUUUUUUUUUUUCAAAAAUAAGAAAUAAAAACAAUAACUCUUAUUUUUACAGCGUGUGUGUGUGUGUGUGUCUGGUUUUCGGCACGGCUGGCAUUUACACAAUGAUUGCUCCUGGAAGUUAUUAAAAGACAAAUACGACAAUAUGUCUAUACAGCUUAGCUGGGGGUGAGAAGAGUGAAAAAAAAUCUUAUGAAGAAAAUGUGGUCACAUAAUUGUGUCUCAGUCAUCCAGAUCAGAUAUUACAGGAUUUUAACCCCCCGUACGCCAAACCCGGCCUCCUAUUUACCCAGAAUGUGACGUGUUCUCACCUGUCCCCUACAGCUUAUCGUCAAGAACAGGUAUUAGAAUGGAAAAUAAACAUUUCACUGUAGGAAACAGGCAUGAGCUGCUGGUGUGAGAUUCUGACAGUGUGAUAACCUCAGGCGAACACAACACAGCUUCAGGGUGUCACAGUACAGCAGCUGUAAAGGGUGUUAUUUUGAAACGCCUGAGACUCCGGGUCAGAGAAAAACAUUAUUUUCCCCCUUUAACAUAAUUUAUCUCAUUUUCAAAGAGUAUUUGGAGUCGUGAAAUAGAUAAGUGAUCAUUAAGUUUCAUUCACAAACACAUAAAAUAAUACUGCGAAUGAUGAUAAUGACAGUUAUAUGGUUUUACUCUUGAUUUACAAAAACAACAACCCUAGAUGGUCUUCUCUGUCUGACUUGUGUAGUUUUCGACCAGUCCUCGCCCACGCGGUCUAGGAUUGGAUCUCAUCACAAAUAAAUAUAUAAUACAUAUAAAAUGUCCUCUGAAGACUUGAGCUUCUAUGCUUUCAUAAAUCUGAAUGAUGUCCCUCACUCUUUGUCAUCAGCUCAUCAGUCUUCGUGAUGACUUCAGCCUCUCUCGCUGAGCUCAGUCCGUCCCUUUGCUUUUCAGACAUUCAUGGAUAAACACACCUGCCGCCUCCUGCUCCUCUCCCUGAAUAUCCACUUAACGAUUCUUAAUCUCAUUUAUGUGAUAUGUUCUUUAACAUUUAGAAAACGUCUCUGCCUAAUAGGAGAUCAAUCAGCUGAUAAACCUCUUUGUGUGGACACAGGCUGCCAAAGUGCUGGAAAAUAUGGCCGUAUGGGGAGUAUAGAAUAAUGAUUUUACUCAGGAGAGCUUUCAGGUUGCAGAACUGUAAAAUCAACCAUGACGUUACUCAGUGUUUCCACUAGCUCGCCUCCGCAGCAACAACCCCCUUUCCCGUCAGUGGUGUCAGCUCGAGUUAUAGCAGUCAGAUAAGAGUUAAGGGAGAAGGACCCUGAGCAAACUCUCUCUCUCUCUCUUUCUCUUUCUCUGUGAGCUGAGCUCUGACUCAUGCUCCAGCUGUAAAGGUCAGUUCAUCUCAAUGCAGGGAGAUUUCCUCUGAAGUGAGCACUCUUUUCUAAUUUAGCAGAGAUAGGCGGAGGAGCUUACUCAUUCUGUUGCAGGUGAUUCGGAUCAGAGAGUCUCUGAGUGGAAGCUUCAGGAAUGCCACAUGGCUUUUUCUCAUGAGUUGAUACUGUUACAUUAUAAGGCUCAACGAGGUUUGCCAAAGGGUCAGGUCUUUUGAUUGCCAUUUGAUCAGCCUAUAAAACCCCAAAUGGGCACUUAAAUUCUUAAUGCUGGGCUGUAUAGUGGAGCUGCAUUAAGUGAGCCUGUACAGCGAGGUCAAUGAUGAUGGAAAGGGUAUGGUCAAGACUUCCUUUAUAUGAUGACGGCCAUGAGAUAACUUUUCUUACGAGAAGAUAACAUGAACUUUCCUGUCAAGUCAUAAUAUUUUGUUUGUUUGUGUUCAUUUCCUCUGGCCUCGCAGUUCUUUCCAGAUACAACCUUGUAUGAAAACUCACAACAGUACAUAAAUAAAACCGACUGAACUGUUGGCGGAGAGUAGAUUUCUGCAGCCUCAGCCUUGAUGUACAGCAUUAACCUUUUGAGUCACAGAUAAUUAAAAAAAAAAUGCCAUAAGCAUUCAGCAGCCAAAUGAAGGUCUUACCUGAGGCAGAGGGUUGAGAUACAGGAUGCGCUGCAGCGGCUGGUUACAUAAUAAAUGGUUUUCACCUCGGUUACAAGAGUGUGUAAAACACAGCGGCUGUAAUUGACAGAAUUAGCUCCAGACGGCCGCUGAGUUUAACAGCCUGUUGAAUUGACUUUGCUGUACACUAAACACGUAGGUUGAUGCUGACUUAUGUAAGCUCCAAAGGUGGAAUUAUGUGUUUGUGAAAUUAAAAACUAAGUUUUAAAUUGUGAGAUAAAAGUGAGCAGGAGUCAUGCGAAGAAGAAGAGAUUUGCACAAUAAACACCACACUUCCCAGACAGACACGUCCGGCUCUGAUCUCUGUCGUCUCAGGUUUUCGUUUUUCCUUUCCAAACUUCUUGGAUCAGAAUCAGGGUCAUAUUUCAGACUUCGCUUACACGUGCCCGGCUAUUCUCAUAAACAGACAUUUCACUCUCUGUUUACGAAAAAAACUGCGUGCACACCAGUAUGUUUUCAGAAAAGUUUUUGUUUACACUAACCCGUGUAUAUAUGCCGUCAAGAGCAUGCCAAACCUGUAGGUGGCAGUGUAGCGAGAAGCUCAAACCCUCGUUAGCCAAUCAGAAUCCCACAAACCAGCAGCAACAACAACAACAACGUCACUUUCUUCUCUCCUGCGCACAAUAUGCCGUCGGCUACCUAAAUCUCUGUUUUUCUCGGUUUACAUGCAAACAUGCAGAGUUUUCUGAAAUCUUCACUUCGGCCUUAGUUUUUAAAAAGCAUCGUUUUCAGGGGCGAAUUCUCCGUUUGUGUCUAAAUGAAGGGCGGUUAAUGUCUCCGUUUUUAAAAAUAACAGAGUACGUGUAAAAGUGGCCUCAGAUUCCUCAUUUCAAAUAGAGAAUCAUGGUCUGUGACCGUGCAACAGUGGAGGAAAUUUCUAGAGAGCUUGCAAAGUGAGAACUGACCAGCAACAGUCGUGCAUUACUAUUAAGUUUCUGUUUAUUUAAACUCAAGGCUUUAAAAUUCGGAAAUGACUCUGCAGCAGAAACCGAUCCAGGCCUCAAGUCUGAGCUGAGGACACAAACACAAAAACUGCUCCAUCCAUGAUAUAAAUCAUAAAUCAUCAUAUCAGAAUGAUUAUAAAGAUGCUGCGAUCACUCAAAGUUCUCCACAUAAUUACGACACUGAAAGGAAACCCUGACUGACGUCGUGCUCUUCUUCCUUCACUGGCUCAUUUUGGCUGGAAAACAAGAGUCACAUUUACCCACACUUCCCGAAGAGGAGUCAUGAAACCAAACCGGCGGUCUUUCCAUUUCUGCUUUGAAAGUCCUGCCUUUGUCUGAGUCACUUAGCCACAGGCUCGAGCAGAGCAGCUAGCGUGUGUUGUUAAGCUGUUGACGGGAACGAGAGAGGACGUGAGGAUGUCGCGUGAGCCUCCUCUUCCUCUCUUAUUUUUUUCAACUUCAUCCCGGAGCACUGUGGCACAAAGGUGGCGUGCCGCCGGGAAUGCAUGCUGCUUGUAGUUGGAGUGUGGUGCUGUCAUAUUUUUACCCUUUCAGGAACAUGAUGCUUGCACACAUUCACCUUUAAGUCUUGUGGAGCUAAUUCACCUCUGUUGUUUGGCCUUUGCUUUUGUGCAGCUGUGUGGGCUCAUCUGAAUUACCUCGAGUCUGUUAGGAGAAGUCAAAGUCAAAGAUCAGAUAGCUGCUUGUGUGAUAAACUUUAUAUAAAUCUAAAUCUCUGUUUUUGAAAGCUGUUAAAGAGAGGCUCUGCCUUUGAGAGUUUAAAGCCACGAUAAAUCACGUUAAUAGAGUGGUAUGCGGAUUGCAAAAUUGUGUUUUUCUGUUGCUUAAAUCCUUAAAACCUGAAAACACAGGUGCAAAACCUCCCUCAAAGACAGGAGUGGAGCUGAUCCUUCUUUUUACGUGAGUGUUUUAAAAGUCACUCAAACCCGUGGCUUUAAUAUCCUGCUGCUCCAGCCUCCGCUCUACUGGUUACAGGCUUUCCACCAAAUGUUAAACCUGACUGCAGGGAUUUGCUGCCAUUCAGCCACAAGACCAUUACUGUUUUUCAAACUUGGCUGUUGAGCAGUAAGGUCUGGCUUGUUCCAGGUCUUCCCAAAGGUGUUGGAUGGAGUUCAGGCUCGAGACAGUCAAGUUCUGAACAUGGAAAAAACAUUUUUUUUUAUGCCAGAGACAAACUGUAAAUCCAAAGUUCAGAGCACACUCUUGUUUUAGGCUUUGUCCCCCAAGCAUGCAGGCUCUUAUCAGUGGCUGGACAAUUGUUAAUGAGUUGUUGCUUAAAUAGCAGCAAAUGAAUCAAGACAGAAGAAAAUCGAACUCAGUUUCAGGAGCUUAGACAUUUUCCAAAGUUUGGUUUACUUCAGCAGCUGACCAGUAUGACUUUAAACCUGUAUGUCGCAAAUAAUAGCCUCUUUAUGUGGAUCACUGCACCUAAUCUGAGCUCAGUCUGAAUCUGUGAGGAACACUUUUCAAACUCGCCUUCCUAUUCGACGCUCAGUCUCUCCUCAGCAAACAUUGACACUAAAGCUCUGUGUGAGUGUCAGCCGAGGUAAAAGAAGCACAGUCAGAGUUAUCAGACUGUUCGGCAGCUGAAGGUUUCUGUCUGUUUCUCCUGCUGGUUGGGAAAGGUCAACCUCUGACCUGCAACUUUAUCUCUCCACAUUUCUGCUUUUUUUUUUUUCUGCUUUCUGCCCGCCCAGGUUUUCUUAAUCUCUGUGUUCGGAUCAGGUACUAAACAUGCUCCGACUUUUGACAUAACUGAAGGUCCUAAAAAAUUUCUGACAAAACUAAAAUAUGAUCUGUUGAUCUGUGCAUUUUCUUUCCAUUUGAGCAAAUAAAGAUGUAGGAAGAAAGGACAUAAAAGAGGAAACGCUUGAACAUAACGGCACAAUGAGUCUUCUUGGUGUGUAGCUGCUGUGUGCUGUGUGAAGGUUCCUGCUGCGCUGGUUUGCUGUUGCAGAAUAUCAGGGAAUGAAACGUGAAUUUUGCUCGAGUAACGCAACAAAAUCUAGAUGUUGUAUGACUUUAAAAAUGUGUUGGCCAAUAUUUAAAGUUAGGAUCAUGUACAGUGACACUUGGUCAUCACAUGGUUUCACCUGCACUGCUUUAACUACCCAUAGUGCAUGAAUUGCUGGCCUUUGAGUGACUCAUCCAUUUUUAGACUUAACAAGCAGAAGCCCCCAAUAUAUCGACUUUUUGAUGAAAACUAUCCCACUGCCGGGCAUUUAUUCAGCUCAAGCUGGUCUUGAUUUGAGCCCCUAAAGCUCGGUGUCACUGUGGUCACUGGUGCCAAUACAAGGUUGAUGAAACUGAAACUUAAAGAAGAAAUUUUCAUUCUCCUGUAUCAAAAAAGUAACUUUCCUGUCCAGGUAGAGAAAAACCAAAGUCAUCAACAUUUGAUCUUUGCCUCACAAAGCGGCUGAGUUGGGAAAUAGGAUCUUGCUGGGUGAAGCUUAGCGUCCUGACAAGAUGAGACUGUGGAAUUUUAAGUUUUUAGAGUUUGCACUUUCACAGUAGGAAGGUAACUGCUGAAGGACCGCAGUCAAGCUUUUAUACACAGGAGAGUCAGCAGAAUGUCAAACAGGACAGUCGUCCCUCUGUGAACCCAAAGUUUUUUCUUUAUCGCCGUUAAGGAAAGGUGAGAAGGACUCAUACGGAGGAGAAUCAACCUCCUCGACUUCCGCUCUUAGUUUUGGAGUGUGUUUUGGACCCAUGACAGGGCAAAAAGUUCUGUUUCUACUGCAGGACAAACAGGUCAGCGCUCCGUCAAAGAGCCUGUGUUAAGCCUAUCUUGCACUUUCAGGCUGCCUCAAAAACCUGGAGUAUCACCCGAGGGCUCUUAAAUACAGACAGGUCACUGUAAAGUCAAGCCACAGAAGGACAACAGUCUCUCUGAUCCUGCUGCUCACUUAUCCUCUGACUUGUUUGCUGAGGAGAUAAAGUAAGGUGUCCACUGGGAGUCUGUAGUGCUGGACUCUGUUUGUCAUUAUUUUUCUGUGAAGAAUUCCCGAAAGGUGCUAACAGCUUUUGUUUGUUGUGAGAGGAGAAAAGGUCUUUGGCUUUUAAAGUGUCUGCUCUGACGGCACAACCUUCACUUGUCGAUGUUGCUGAUAAACCUCAAAACGUCACAACUUCAUUAAACUCACUCGCAGCAUGAAGACGCUUUAGUGUCAGUGAUCCUCUGACCUGCACCCAGUGGACCUACUUACCAACCGUUUGAAGGAACUAACCUCAACAUCAGAUACCCAGAGUUGCAUGAAAUUUUCUCCAUGUAUUUGUCAUGCAUCUUAAAGGUCUACUGAUAAGAUUUGGUGGUGAAAAAGAUCAGCAGCUCAGCUUUCCUCUUGCAGUCUCAGACUCAUCAGGUCUUUCUUUCCAACAGUAAUAAACUUUUUAUCUCUUAUCAUUUAAUCCUCUUUCCUGGACUUUAGGCCACUUUUACCUGCUCAUGAAUGUGACCGGUUCCUCCUCAUAAUCUGAAACAAACUUUCUUCUUCAUCCAUGAAACAUGAUUGCACACCCUGUGUCCUGUUUUCCAUUUGGCUCAAGAUUUACGUCGGUUAUUUCAAAAUUACAGUUUCAGGAGGGAUUGAUAUGGAUUUAUUCAUGAAACAGGGCUCUGAACAAGCAGCAAACGUACUUAUUUAUCAUACAGUCGCUCACAGCCAUACAAUUUAGAGCAAUCAUUCUCCACAAAUGUCGUCUUUGCUGCGGAAGGGAAACAGUCAUCUGCAUUUGUAGUAAUUCCACCUUGAAGCCUUACUCAUAAACAGACACUCACACCACACACUGUACUCUCAGCGUUGGUGCCUAUUACUCCACUCACACAUAAAGUCCAGGCGGCUUUUCAAGGCUAAAUCUCUCCUGCUUAGGAUCAACACUUAGUGGUGUGUUUACAUAUUCCCCAGACUGGUGAAAUUGCUUUCAUUUGACAUUUAAAGUGAGCCUUUUGUUGUACAUGUUUGUAUAUUUAUGUUUACAUUUGCAUUUCAAUAGUGGUCUGACGAGAAGGUCUUGGUUUGCAGUCUCAUUAGUGCGCUUAGUAUGAAGUAGUGUUUCUUUUCAGCAAGCAAUCUGUGUAAUACUUCUUAAUGAAUGGCAAAGUUCAUCGAGGAUACUUCAGGAUACUUCAGACCAUUUAGUUCCCCUUCAGAGUCUACUAGCUCAUCUACUUUGCACCAACAUCCAUAUUUUCUUUACCUUUAACAGGUGAAAAGUAAUUCCACUGCAUCACAGCAGUAGAAAAUAAUCUCAGAGACAGCAAGAAAAGGCUUAAUGAGAAUAAAACAACACUUUUUUAAAGUAUUCAGAGCAGAUGUUUUUGUUUACUGUCUCUAUAGAGUGCAUUUUCUUUCUAAAUACGUUCGGUGAAGGGCAGACAAACCUGUGCUCGGCUUUCAUUGUAGGCUACAGACAUACAUUCAAAUAAAGUUUUGAAGUCCUCAAAUGAUCAUGAAAGAGCAACUCAAGGAUGUGACUUAAACCUUGGUUCUUUUUCCAACUCUCGCAGUUAAAGAAAAAGGGUGAGAGCCGAACUCUCUGGUUGGAGAUGUCCAAGAUGCUUGGAGGUCAUUGUAAACGAACGCUGAUUCAGUCUGUAGUUCCUCAUAUGGCUCCAGUUAAAGUCCUCACACACCCUGAAUCAACCGUUUUAGAGGAAGAAGAAACUUCUACUGCCGCUAACUUUCUGCAACGAUCAAAGCUAUCACACCACUUCAACCAUCAGUCUGAUAGUUUUUCUAUCUACAGUCCUUAACUCCAUGUACAAAGAAAACUUUGAAGUGAUCGCGGUAGCUCUGGUUCUAAAAAGGUGAAAUGAAAAUUCAAUCAAAAAUCAACACAGUCAGUUUUGAUUAUCACCCUGCAGCAGGCGUUCACCUCCUGAUUAAAUGAAUCCGUAUCCACUGACUGGAAAAAGUCGUCAUACCGGUCUCCAUCGCCUGCUAGAUUCAUAAUUUCAAACAACCAUCAGCCAUGAUAAAUUGAAUUGGUAACUUUGAUUAGCGCAUCCUAUUUCCAUUUGGUGGAACUGCUCUCCCAUGGUAUCCCAAGGGUGGAAAUAAUGUAUUUAAUUUCAGGGGAAUUGGUUGCCAUUUGUAGAGGGUCUAGGAUGAAUAGUUGAGCGAGGACAGCAGGAGCAUCCAACAAGAGUUGGUAAUUGAAGAGUGAGAAAGUGUUUCUGCUUCUCGACAUAUUUGCUCAUCAGACCAACAUGUAAGAUUUCUUUGUUGUAAGAAAAUCCUCUUUAUUUUGUCCUGGAGUCAUGAUGACUCGCGUAGCAUAGGGGGAAAAACAAGGUACACUGUGUAACAUUCCACCGUCCUAACAGCAAAGUUGAACCAAAGUUUGUCCAACAGCUUGGAAAGUUGACAGAAGAUUGCCAAAGAAAGAAAUGUACCUUUCACACCAUUAAAAGUUGAAGAAGCUUUUGUUCCAGGUUUUAUUCUCAGGAAAAUAGUCAACCAGUGUCUUUAAACUGACCGUCAUAGGAGGUAAUACCCUAAAACAGAGCUUCCGUGUCGUCUUCUUGAGUACAGGAUUGUGAUUGGUCUGGUUUACCUGCGUCCAAGGAAAACCUCUUAAAAUUGCAGAAAUUCCAGACCCAUAUGUCCACAAAGAAAGUCUCUUGCUAACGCAGUUGUUGAUUGUUUUUGCAUGUGACAUAAAAGCUUAACUAGGAAACAGCGCAGAAGAAACGAGCUGAAAGAUGAUGCUCUGCCACCCGCCGAAGCAGAGGCAGACAUACUUUUGUUGGGCUCCUCUCUCCAGCUACUUGUAAUCUGGGAAAGGUACAAUAGUCAAGUUAAAUCCCUUUAACAGGCAGAAUGAGCUCUGUAGAUCACUCAAUACCAACAGUAACUCAGUUCUUGCAGUUGUCCGGAUGUCUCGAGUCCAUAUCAUUGACCUUACGCUGACAGUAAAACAGUUGCAGCUCCAUCAUUCCUUUCUCAUUUUGUGGCAGUGAAAAAAAACUCAGUACAUCUGAGACAUCGAUUCUUAAAGCAGCAGUCCAAAGUGAGUAAUCGAGAAUCCGGACUGUCAGCUCAUGAGGCAAGGAGGAAAGCUGAUUGCUGACUCAACAGCAUAAUGAAGUAGUGGGAGAGUUUGAGGGGAGCCAAAGGUUAGCUUGAUGGAGAAGUGGAGGGCAAAGGCGAGGGAAAAUAGCAGAGGAGGUGUGUUUGAUGCCAAGGUAAUGAUCGUUAGGGAUCAUGGCUGUUUGGACAAGCCAUAAACUCCGCCGGCAAUGACAAGAACACAUCAGAAGAAUCGUAUAUCAGCUUGUGUCAGAGUUUUACAACUUUGUCUUUCUCUUUGCAACAUUGUGGUUUAUAGAUUUGUCAUUGACAGCGGAUUUACAAGCACCUUCCAGUGAUUUUAGAGAUGUUUUCUGCAGACAGCAUUAAAAGUUCAAGGAGUCUUGUCAAUUUUCUCAGUGUGAACCGCUAUUACUUCUUCGUACAGUAGAGCACUCAAUAGACAGCAGCAACGAAUCUAGCAGCAGCUGACAGGAUGGACCGCAGUACAGUGGAGGAUUACAGAGUUUAUGCAAGAUGGAAUUAUCACAUCUGCAAAACAGUGGCUCAAUAUCAAGAGAGAAAAAUAAAAUAAAAUAUAUGACAUUAACUCAAAUGGGUCGAUGCGUUGACCUGAAUGGGUGGUUGUCAGAGGGGGUAGGGUACAGACCAGUGCAGAGGUGGAAAAACACCAGAACGGAAAUGGAGAGCACUCCAGAAAAACAAUGCGCCAGCACCAAGCCAAAUACUUCUGUUAAUAAACUUUAGGUACCAUCACAAAGUGUCAAACUCACCUGUAUGCUGACGGUUGUUGGAGUUGUACAAACAAGCAAAGUACCACCAACUUUAGCCAGCAUAUUGUUAAAAAAAUAAAAUGUAACUGCUGUUUGAACAACAGAGCAAUCAAUGUGUCUGACUCUUAACUCUGCAACACAAACCAACGACAGUGGAGGAAGACGUGUAACUGAUCAGGAAGUGAGAGUGAUUUUUCAUUCCUGUUGUGACAUCACCACAGGAGAUCUUCUCCCAGCAGAUGGACUACAGAAGCUUUCACAUUCACGUCUAAGUUUAUAUGCAUAUGCAAAAAACAAAUACAGUAUUAAUUAUGGGACCUUUAGGACCUGCACACCUGACCAACUGAUGGCACCUGCUAUGAAUGAUUUGAGAAAUAUAAAACCCUCAGAUAAUGAUAAUCAUAAUAGAAAGGGUCAUGACUAACCAUGAAAGAGGUGACCCAUCAUCAGUUUUAAGGAAGUAUCUUUUGAAAUAAGGUGGAAAUCAGAGCUUGUUUAUCUCAGAGGUGGGUCACUUUGUUCUUUUUUUACACUGAUUUGAAUUAAUGGACAGAGACUGAGCAGAAGUGCAGUUCCAGGCAAAAAAAUGACAUGUAUAGAAAAGCAUAGUUAUAGUUUAGGUUGUCAACCAUGUACUGAACUAUUUCAUCAUGUCUUUUGAUAAUUCUUUGGGAAAAAAAACAAACCUUCCUUUACCUUUUGUUACCUCCAGAUCUACUUUACUUGGGGGAAAGUUUGUAAUGUUGCUCAAACUCAUGGUCACCUUUGAUGAAGACAUUGAAAGGAAACAGGCAGGGCGUACACUUACAUGCGAAUGAAGUCCUCUGUAUUGUACUGUCAGCAAAGUUUUAAUCUAGCUGCUGCUGCUGCUGGCGUCAUGUUGAGCAGAGUGACUCCUGGCUGAUAAUCAUUAGCAUAUACAGACCUUGACUGUUCACUUGCUGGUCCCUGUGAAAAUAGCCUGAAAAUCUGCUGAGGAGACCGGCCCCCCCUCCCUUUUUUUAAUGAGCUUCAGUCCGUUGAGCAGCCGACUCUGCGUCUUACCAGAUGAAAAGUCCUACUUGAGGCAGUCGGUCCAGCUGGUGGCGAGGAGGUGAAGAAAUGAGACAGUGAAACGGCAUUCCUGACACUCAGGUUGACUGUGGAGAAACAGGUAACCGAGACCUUCCCCAUCAAUCCUCGAUCCAAUCUCAGGGCGAGCUCUUCUGCCUCUGGAGGUAAUUGACUCUACCUGGCUGACAUGCUGCCUCUCCCAGCGGAUUGUAAAGUUGUGGGCUCAGUUUAGAAACUGCCUGCAGAGAGUUUCAAGGCAACUAGAUCACCUAACUGACAAGGGAAAGCCAGCAAGUCUUAACAAGGCUGUGUGCAAGAUUUGCAUGAAGACAAUGAGGGAAAAGGACAAUAUACACAGAUUUCGCCAAGAGUUCGUCAAGUUCUCACUUUAACACCAGCAAACAUUGCUGAGCCAGGAGAGCUCUAGGUAGACUCUCUACUUUUGUCAAAAAAGUCAAAUUUUGCGGUUGUCUUGAUUCGUGACUCCACGUAAGCAAUACCAAAGCUUUUGGUGACUCUACGCCCAACUGAACGUAAAAAACCUUGACCUCUGAUUUGAAAACACCAGAUUCAACAUUAAGACAAAGUCUGUCUUGCCUUCUCAGAGACUUGAAACUCAGCAAACUCUCGUUCAGCUUUAAAGGCUCGUGGUUGGAAAGGUCACUCAUUCACCUUGCCUCCAUCAAACGCGCUUUUCUCUACCUUACAUCAUAACACCACCAUGAUCACAUUUCUCCUCCUCCUCCUCCGGGUUGGUUUUUCUCCACAGGGGCGCCUCUCUCCGUGUGGAGCGCUCCCCAGCAUACCAAAGCCCCGGCAGGCUGAGGGGGGAAGAAAGUCGUGUUUUCUCUUUGUUUCUUGUGAGAUCGGAGGUUGGCCGGCCAAAUUAAUGUGCUGGGAGCGUUCGAUCCUCAGGCCUUUGAAGCAGCUUGAUGAUCCACGUUCUGCCUGUCUCUCCGGGGAACAGUAACCAGCCUCUUUAGCUACAGCUUUACAGUUUAUUUGCUCUGAAGUCUCGACGCAAUCUUUAGGUAUCCCCUUCCUCUUCUCCGACUGUCAUCCCUCACCGUCACGCUCGCUUUGUUUGACGGUUUCGAAAACUUCACAUGCAGUUUGAAGCGAAACCUUCGACGGCGUGGGUCUUUCCUCAGAAGUGACAGGUUUCCUCCCAGCGAGUGAGUGGCGGAGAAAUGCUUCGGCCGUUACUUAUCACAUGAAAGUCCGACCUUGCCGUCGCCCCCUCAGGUUAAUUUGACAGACUUUGUGAAGAUGCAGCAGUGUGCAAUUGAUUAUGGUUCAAAGGGUCUUUUAUCAGCUGCUGGUAAUCACUGUCCGACGUACUGAUGGAACAAGAACAGCCGACUUGUCCUCUCCUCUCACUUUGGAGAAGAUGCUAACAGACAGACAGACAGAGCUCAGGGUGUGUGUGUUUGUGCAGCAAAGCCGGCAGGUCUCUUUUCCGGUGUGUCCGUGCGUGUAACAAUCGCCCAUGUGCUCGCUUCAGGGUUUAAGCUCAGCCCCGGAGUUUGUCAGCAGGAACCAAAACACACACCUCUGUCGUGACAAUGUGCCAUGGCAUCAGAGCGGGCGCUUGUUUUGUCCGAGCACGGCUGCACAUCAGUGUUUAUGCCUGUCCCCACGGCAACGGAUAAAGGUGACUCAGGUCCCCCGGUGGCCUCAGCAGCGUGGUGACCGUUCCGGCCCACACGUGAAAAACAGUCCCGACAAUCACAGCUUUAUUUAGGCCCUGAAAGCCCUCUGCUUUUUAUUCAAUUUUUCUUCUUCCCCCCACCUUUUCAUCCAUCUUCUUUUACUCCCCCUACCUGCAUUCUCCCUUUAUUACCUCCUACGAAUCACCUCAUUUCUCAUCCAUCCCCCUUUCACCCUCAUCCACAUAACCUCCUCCGCUCUGUUGUACCUUUGGUCUGAUUUUUUUUCCAGAUCUGUGCCGCGGAGCAGAUGAAAAUGAGGAAACCAUCACUUUUAUCUUGUCAACAACAAAGUAAUUUCCUCAUCUAGCUCUUCUAUUACACGUGAUCAUUCUUGUGUGACGGGGGGGUUGGGCGGGUUAAAUUGGAAGAGAUGCUUUUUGUCACAGAGAUGGUAUUAAAUUUGCAUCACAAAACACAAUGUAAGAGUUUGUAUGAUUUUUUUUUAUACAACGCGUUACCUUAAAAAAAUAAGAGCUCGCAGAGAAACCCCGAACGGUUGAGAAAGAAAGAAGCCUCGACAACUUGGAGGUUGCAGAAAUUCUCAUUAAAAACCAUUUAAAACGUUUAAAAAUGCCUUUUAUGAUCACAGCAUUGUUAUGUUAGUCCUUUUCAUCAACUCCGCCGGGUUUGGGCGUCAGGCUUUGAGAAUGAAGGCUGUUGAGUUGUCUAUAUUAUACUCCUACCCACUUUUUGAGAGUCUAUUGUAGCCUUGAGUUUUGUAUUUGAGUGACUGUAUGUUUUAAGAUUGACGUUGAUUCUCCUUUUGCAGUUGCAAGUCUACGGAAGCGCUGUAAAAAAGCUCUGCCUUCAUCACACAGCUACACCUUCACAUUAAUCAUGUGACUAUGUGGAAUCGAUGUCACAGUGUGCCAUUUCUCUCUGGAUGUACCAAUAUCCACACUUGGUUUAUCACUGAUUUAACAUUGAGAUGGGUACUCAUUGGGGCUGUCAGUUUUUCAAAAAAUCUACUUCGAACUUGACCCACAAAUGUUAAUAUGCAGUCUUCUCCAGGACAAGAGCAAGUCAGUUGUGUGGAAUUGGUACGGCUUCACAGUUUCAGAUAAAGAGCAAACCACUCCCCGCUGUAAAGUCUGCAAAGUCAACCCGUCCACACGGAAAUGAAUUCAGGAGUAAACACUCAAGUUUUUACUCGUAUCUGCGUUUCAUCCACAUGGAAACGGUGUUUUGGUUGACUGGAAACGGCACCUUUUGAAAACGGGUCAGAGAGUGAAUAAAUCUGUAAACGACGACCAUUUCAUCUCCGUGUGGAUGUCUAUCUGCAUCUCUGGAAACGAUCAUGUGACAAACAGCAUAACUCUUUUAUGGCGCCUGAGCGUGUCCAGCCAAAACAACCUUCAUAUACAUGCUCUGUACUCUUCUUCUGUCUUUUGUUCAUUUCUUGUGCAGCGUUACAGCGCCACUUACUGGCUUGGCAUAUGCACUACAUCAUUUUCAGUGGUUCGUUUUGAGAGAUGAUUAAAAACUUUUUAUUAAAGUGAAGUUUGGUGAAGUUGUCACUGAAUUAAAAAUCGAGAGAGAAAAAAAUUGGGAUUUUAUUUUUGGCCCUAGCUGGUAUGCUGAAAUAUCAUUGAUUGAUAUGAUGAAGUUGUACUGAAGUGGCAGAACCUUCUCUGUUGUAGAAUUUGUGCAAAACGCUUGGAGGAAUAGCAGGAUAUGGUGUCUCCAGACCGACCAACCAGAUUAUGAAUAGUCUGGCGACGCUUGGUUAUUGAAAAAGUUGCUCUUAAUAGGAAUAUGCAACUUUGUAAUGACUCUUUAAUGAGUUGUUGAACAACUGCAGCUGUAAUUCUGCAGGACAGACAACCUGUGAUUUAAAAGAAGUUGAGGAAAUGGGAAAGAAAAGGAUAAUAAUGACAAACAUACUCUCAUUUUAACAAUCCGUUUCUCUAAGACUCGGGUGACGAUUCAGAUUAACAUCUGUGGUCAUCGCUCACAGUGUUUUACUCAUUUAAAGUCUUAUCUAUUCGAAACAAACAGGAAGUGUGAUUAAUACCCAUAAGAAGUGUCGUUGUCUCACGUUACAAAUAACCGUCUCCUCGGCUAAGAUUCAGGGCUGCAAGCCAAGCAGAAGCCGACUUCAUCUCAGUUUGAUUCUGUGAUAAUUAAAGAUCCAGAUGUCCUGUGACUGAAACUCGUCAUCAGUAUAAAUAUCUGCGUUCAAUUAAAAGAGACAUGGAUUCAGUUUUUAUGAAUUAGUCUGAUUGGAAAGUCUGGUCAACAGCAGAUGUUCAUCUGAAGCUCUUAGAAAUGAUCUCUAAGAGGCACAUGUGGACUGAUUAGAGUCAACUCUGACCCUGAAAGAAUAAAGUACAACAACUGACACUGAGCAGUAAAGAUGGAUGGAUGAUUGGUGGAAAGGAUGGAUUUAUGCAUGGAGGAAUUACUGGAUGGAUAAAUAAAGGAAUAAAUGGACUUGUGAGUAAUUGAACCGCUAGAGAAAUGAACAGAUGGAAGAUUAAAUUGACGCAUAAAGAAAUGAACAGAUGAGUGAAGGAAUGAAUGGAUGGAUUUAACCAAUGGAAAAAAAAAAUAGGUGAUAGAGAAAGAAAUGAUUGGAUAAUAGAGAAAUAGAGAAAAGGAUCAUGGGACAGGUGGCAAGAUGGGUGUAAAAUGGAACUGAUGGAUGAGUGGAUGAAUAAAUGGAUGGAUGGAAGAUUGGAUGGAGGAUUGACAGAUAAAUGUAAGAGUGAAUGAAUGGCCUAAGAAAUGAAUGGAUGGAUUCACAAAUGAAUGGGUGUGUUUAAAAAGGAUGGAUGCAUGGAUGAAGGACUACAUGGAUGGAUGGAUGAAUAGAUCGAUGAAUGGGUGGAAGGAUGCACAAAAGGAUGGAUGAUUAAUGGAUGGAUGGAUGCAUAGAUGAAGGACUAGAUGGAUGGAUGCAUGGGUAGAUCGAUGGAUGGGUGGAAGGAUGCAAAUGAGGACAGAUGCGUGGAAGGAAGGAUGGAUGGAGGAAUGGAAAGAUGCAUAGAGGGAUGGAUGUAUGCCCAUAUGGAUGGAUGGAUGAAUGCAUGGAUGGGUGGAUGGAUUGAUGGAAUGAUAGAAGGAUGGAUGGAUGAUGCAUGGAUAGAAGUUUGGAUGGAUGGAUGCACUGGUCCAUGACAUUAACAGUGUAUGUGAUGUUUCCUCAGAUCUGUUCUAAGGUGUAAAAGGACUGCAGUUCCUCUAGAGUCCACUAGAGGCAGGCUGCACCAGCUGUUAGAUUCCUUUUCGGUCAGAUUAAGGACAUGUCUGACUUUGGAGCAGAAACAAACAUGUUUACAGUCUGGAAAAUCUGUGACAGCACAGAGGCGGCACUCUUAUUUUACUCAGCCUAUUAUCCUUUCCUGAUUUUGAAUCUCUGUCUUGUCCUCCUCCAGGCGCUCUCGCCAUCCUGAUACCGGAGCUGGAUUUGGUCAUCUCAUUGGUCGGCUCGGUCAGCAGCAGUUUCCUGGCGCUGAUCUUCCCCCCGUUGCUUCAGAUUGUAACGUUUCACUCGGAGGGCCUCUCGCCGGUGGUGACCGCCAAGAACGUCAUCAUCAGUGUCUUUGGGUUGAUCGGGUUCCUCACGGGGACCUACAUCGCCAUCGAGCAGAUCAUCCACCGGAACACAAUCAAACUGUCAGAGGAGACGUUCUCUUCGUACCUGGUGCAGUGAUGGGGAGAAAUGACUGUUGGCAGGUGUUUCGUUGACGCCUCCACGCCAUUUAGAAACCAUUUUUAGGGCACAUUUUUUAAUUCCUUUCUUUAAUUCGCUGCUGUUGGAUGUUGUGGCCAUUUCAGGAUUAAUCUAGCACAUGUUUUUAAGUCCAGUUAUUUAGUGCAAUGUAAUGAAAAUACAGUCAAGAUGAAAACGUCAUUCCUACAGGUGGGAGGGUCUUUCGUCGGAUUUUCAGAAGGAUUUUUAGAGGUUAUUUAUCAUCCGACAGCCUGCGUACAGUCAUGUGUUUAAUACGUUGGUGAGAAAAUCAAACUACCUCACAAACUGGUAUUGAUUUGGAUUUUCAAAGUCCAAAUUAAACGCUGUUGCUGAAGUAGUGUUGACUUGUAGCCUUUAUCCCAAACGGCUUCUCCUGUAGAGCUUAGAAAACGAAAAAGUCACUUUUUGUUGCACUUUGAUUUUUGCCUUACUCAGUGACACGGCGCACUACUUUGACAUAGAAAACAUCACACAAACUUACAACUGAGAAACUGUAGCUGAAAAACAAACUGUUAUGAGUAUAUGUCGAACAAAGACGAAGGGUUGGGCAUCCAAAUGCUUCCGGGUUUACUGGAGCGAAUUGUUUUUUCCAGACUUGCUUAAUUAGUCCUGCUGCCGAUCAUCACCAAGCGCUUAAGAUUACAACCAAACUUUCCUUUGCGGCUUGUUCUCUCACAAUCAAUCUCACGCUCUCGUCUCGUAGGCCGCCGCACAAAGCGGGCACUUUGUAGCAUCUGUGUUCAUCCAAGCACGGCUAACAAGCUCAAUAUUUUAGAGACUUUACAGUCUUUGAAGGAUCGUCUCGGAUCCUGUCACAGAAAACUGGUUUUAUUUCUGUUAUUUUACUUUCAUGGUGUGUAAACCAGUUAUUCAACCAGUACUGCAGCAAAAUUACAGUGUGCACAGUGUAAAUCCAUUUAUAAAAGGGAACAGUAGAGUUACAUGAUCUUUGUUACAGAGAUCUUAUUAUGAGAACCCAGACCCUGAUAUGUGAAAGAGAGUCGUUAUAUCAGGUGUCAGACCAGUGUUAGGGGGAAAUAUGUCUGCGUGUUUGUGCCUCAUUAUUAUAAACUCUUUGAGGACGCCUGAUAAUCUGACUGAACCAAAAUACUGAAGAGAAUAUCUCAAAUCUCAUCCUGCACAGAAAAGUCUUAAAACCCUCGGCAUUAAUUAACAAAUCUAAGAAAAUCACACCCAUACGUCGUCUCUCUAUCUCGACAUUUCUGUGCUUUACUCUAGUUUUAAUCCUUUGUAUGCAGCUGUGCUUUAAAUACACCAGACUUCUGUAACUUCUAUUGAUAUGAGAGUUAUGUUUCCAGUUCAUGUUAUUUAUUUUCUGCAUAUUUCGCGUCAGUUUCACCAGGAUUUUAAACGACUGAGCAAAAAGCACAAAACAAUAAUCUCAGAAAUCUCUGAUGCUCAACCCCAAAACCGAAAUGGAAAAAAUUUCAAGUCGAUCAACAAAGACUUGAUUUAAAUACGAUUGUGUGAUUAUGUCAGAGGCGUCGGAUAUCUUUUUUUUUUCUCUGUCUUUAAAACGUUUAUUUUUUUGGAUCUGAAUCUUUUUUUAUGCGUUUUUAUUGUUUAAUAUUUUACUAAAUUAAAGGUUGGGUUUAUUUGAGUAGUUUUUUUAAUAUUCAACAGCAUGCUUUUUAGUAGACUUACACUUUACUUUAGGUAGUUUAGUUUAAUUGAAGACAGGCUGCGUGUAACAUAAUGUAAUAUGUAUAUAAUAUAAAAAUAUAACUUUAAUGACAGGCUGUAGGUACUAUAUUCAUUAAGGAUUCCCCAUUCAUCUGCUUCAGUGUAAAGACCAACAUGUACUGUAGAUUGACUCUAAAGCUUCUGUACUGUUGAGUGUCUUCGGUGUUUCUGUGGCGGUUUGACGUCAUUCUCGGUUUUAUCAAAUUGAACGCUGGUAUUCAUCAGUGGAAAUCGCUAUAAGAGAGAAAGUGUUGAGCCUUAUGUGUCAUUUUUGUGUGGAUUUGUUGCACAUGUUGAUGUCUGCACAUAUGUAUAAAAAUGUUUAAUCUCUUUUUAAAUGAUAAAACACCAUUUUUUCUCCCCUCUCAUAGAUGCUAAUGUGCUAUCACUGUUGAGCUAAUUCUCUACUGGAGACUCCGAGAGAAUGAAGUCGAUGAUGAUGUGUGACUACCUGAAAAUGUUAGCUUUGUUCCCGCACUUUCUCUCUGGGCUACGACAAAAAAAUGAAUUAACUGUCAGUUUACCGAUUCUUUAUUUUCAUUCUCAAGUAUCAAGUUGACGAGAAAGUUAGAACAAUAAAACGUAUCAGAGAUGGAGACGUCGUCCUACAGCUGAACUGUUGUUAACUCUGAUAAUAAGAGACAGAUUUUUAUUUGACUUCAAACCAACAAGCGUUUUCAUUUUAGCAGUUUUUCUUCUGUUUGAUUUUCACAAUAAAGGACUUUAUCAAUUUCUUUUUCUGUUUUUGUUGACUAGUUGUACGAGGACAAGUAUCAGUGUGAUCCAUCCAUGUCUUGAUAUCACUUAUGCAGGUCAGCACGAC